ACUGGCUGUCGGUGAGAGACUGAUGGAGGACGGAGGCAGUGCAGACGCUAACACCGACUUUCAAACCGGUCAGAGAGAGUGACAAUGCAACGAAAACGGCCCGUACUAACAGACGAUGUCCAGGCCUGAGUUGGAGAAGUUUGUUGGAGUUGACACAGUUUGAGUGCAUGGCCGCAACAAAGGCGAGAGGUUCCUCCAGCCCAGAUGGAAUUAAUUUGAAUUGACAAUCGCCUCUGUGUUAGAAAGGCAUUAAAUGCUUCUCAGAUCCAGGCCAGUGUCCUGACAACAUGACCCGUUUGGACUGCGGGCUUCACGCCUCCGGGCAAGGAGUCUCCCUCAUUCACUUCUUCAUCGCUCUUCUGCUGGGAAACAGCAGAGCAGUGGGAUUAUCACAUGAACCAGGUCAGUCAGAAGCAGAAACCUGAAUUUCAUGAUAUAACGAAGCCUCACUCUGUAGUAAUGCUGCUGUGGUUGGGUGCAACAGUGUGGGAGAGCUUGUAAAGCUGCAGGAAGAGGCCAGCAGUCCUCAGAGUGGAGGGCAGGACAGCUGUGACUUGUGUUUACAGAGGUUUGAGCUGACCAUAGCAAUUAAAGCGAGGGCUUGCAGCUUUAGUCUGGUAGCUGUGGAGAGAGAGAGAGCUGCUUUCCAUUAAAUAUCAAAGGGUCAUACUCGUGGAGGCGAACAUCUGCUUAGCCUGGCCUUCAGCCAAAAUAAAGAAAUGCUGCUGACACUGACCUCUGACCUCACUGUGCAGGUCAGGAGACAGAGUCUCCGACAGGAUGCUUCAUCUUUACCCUCAGGAGGGACCUGUUUCAACUCCACAGCAGUGCACCCGCAUUUCCAUCCCCUCAGAGAAUUUAUCUUUUCAUAGUCAUGUAGGAUGCACCUCCCUGCCUCCUCCAUCCUCUCAGUCUGCUAGCAGCUUGUGGUUUGGGUGUUAAAUGUCAGGCCUCUGUUGAGAUAACAGAUAGGGAGAAGAAAGGAGUCAGGAUGUACUUCGCCUGCUUCUGCUAGCUGCAAGCUCUCCAGAGGAAGAGCCAAGUGUAGCCUGUCAGGGAUUAUAGACAUGCAUGUGUCACAGAGAGGAGGCCAGUGCCAAACAGUAAUGAUUUCAGGGGAUUAAUGUCGGCACGGGAGCCCAACAUUUACUUAGGAGUCCACAACUUGAUAGAAAUAGAAAAACACUGGGACACUGGCCUUGUUUCUUUUUGUGGUAGGAUCAAAAUACUUAACUGUGUUACUCAAGUACACAUCCAACAGCACAAAACAUAAAACUAAGAUUGGGACAAACAGGAAUAUUAUCAGCAUAACUCAGAUGGUCUUCUUGCAGCCACCACAAGGUCCAUGUAGGUCCUUGUUACCCCAUCUGGAACCACCUCUCAAGUCUGUCUACGAAGCAUGCAUGAAGCACAGGCGAAAGAACUAAAAACACUCCUAACUGCAUAUCUCCAAAACUGCCAUCCUGAAGCACUGAGAGUUUCUUAGAAACUAAGAAAAAAGCCUUGGGCUCAGUGAAAGCCUCUACUUCACUCAUUUUACUCUGCUCUUUAAAACCAGCCUUCAGCAGCAUGUGUACUUGGAUUGGUAUCGCUUGAGAUAUAAUUAAUAGAUUACAGAUAUUUGAAAAUAGCAUCAUAUCAGAUAUUGUUAAAAAUCCAACAUUGUGCAUCGCUCCAUCUACUCACUAACCCAAGGCUGUAUUUCUUUCCUUCGACUUUUAGAUAGUAAACACUGUAGGACACAGGUGGCAAAUGGAAAGCUGUGACUGUGGUGUCUUGGAUAUUGAACAUCUUUUAUAUAUUUUUAUGAAAAGCCCCUGCAAGGAGGUUUAAAAGAUCAUGAAACCAGUUGAUACUGUUAUUGGUGCCUCUAUAUGAGCUACAACAGCAACUGAGACCAUCUGCAGCCAGAUCUGCCAUUUCCAAAUAGUUGUUUUUGUGUCUGUUACCAUUGCCAGCAGAUCAGUGUCAGACAACAUGAGCUACAGCACACAGCAGAAACAACGAUAUACAUCUGACUGUGACUAGAAAAUAGGUGAGACAGUUUUUUUAAGCAGGACAAAAUCAGAAGGGAUACCGCCCUUGUCCACAGGGGGCAUCAUAACCAACACAGCCAAAACAAAAGACAGCUGUGCAGUUGGACUGAUGGCAGACAUGUUGGUUGCAAUAAAUCAUUUCCAGGAGUUUGAGGCUCAGCUGGAGGUUGUGUUGAACCUAAAGUGGUUCAUGAGCUGUGGAUGAGAUACUGAAGGCAUCCAGGGAUACAGUAUCUGCAUAUCACUGCUGGUUUAAACAUUGACUUGCAAGUAGUCCAAGGAGAAAUUCCACAUAUCUAGUUGCCAAACACCUCCACCUCAUAUCUGUCUGCAAUGAUCUAGUCUUGUAAGUAUUUUAGCAGACAAUCUUGAGCAGCACUGAACAGAGAGAGGCCUUAUUAUGACUCAAAACUGUGUGAGAUUAUCGUCUGAGAUCUGCUCUUGUUCUUUAAAUGAGAUGUUACUGAUGUGAAGUUAACUGAGGUUUGGUAGCUCCCUAUGUGAAAACGGUUUAUUAUGCAAAGGCAGUGAGUCUGGAGUUUAAGUUGCAACAAAUUAAAAGUUUUUGCAAUAGCUGUUGGUGGUCUAAUUUGGAACAAUAUUUACUGAUUUUGAGGCAGUUUUGCAAAGGUGUCUGUUAAAGUACCAGGAAUUACAGAGAAUUAACUUUAACUAAGACAAGCUUCCACGGUUUUGCUCAGCUUAUUGAUAAAAGUUGGUGUGAAGGCUGAUUUUUUUCCACUGGUUGUCUUUUUGUUGUUCAGUCUUUUUCCUCACUUUCUCUCUCUACAGUGUAUAAAACAAACUGAUUCAAAAAGGAGAUGGUUGCAAAUCUACUUUUUAGCUAUGAUAAAAAAGCUAAUCAAGUUCAGGGGUGCAGCAAACUGAAUCAAUGAAGUUGAAUCCUGUUGCUUCUUCUGUGACACCAACAUCUGUUUUUAAGUAUGCAGAUGCUUCGAAUAGUUGGUGAAAUAAUCUGAAUUGCAUCCUUGUUUUGAAAGAAACCUAACUUACAUAAGUGUCAUUCAAAAGUGUGGUGGUAGAGGUUUAAACAUGGGAAAGAUGAGGGUUAGGACAAAAGACGGAUCCUGCAAGAUAUCAUCCACCUAACUUGUGACCGCCUAAAUGAAAACUGCACAUGCUUACAGAGGCAUUAGUUAUGCAGUGAGAUUCACUACAUCAAAAGAUACAAUACUGCACUUCACUCAUGAUUUGAGUGAAAUGUGGUUCACAGUCACCAGUUAAAUUGCUCCAGUCAUCCAGCCACAUCAAGGCUGUGUGAGCAGACCAGACUGUGGGUAAUCCCCUAUUGAGGCACAUUUUCUUAACCCCCCUGACAAUCCGGAGAUCUCUGCCACACUUCCUUUCACUCUGCUGUUUCAGCUAUUCCAGCAUCUUGGGAAAUAAAAAGUGUAAUUUCAUCAUCUGAUGAAUAAUCUCACUGAAUUUUAGCAGACCUGCUGAGAGUAGAAGUUGAGAGUAAGUUAGCAGACGUCCUGACAUGCUCUCUCUGUACUGUACAGCUGCAUUCAAACAUCAAAAUGACAGAUGUGACACUCGCACAUAUGGGUUUGUUUAUCGCUUCACUGGUUUGUUUACAGCUUUAUGGUCACUUUAUUAUCUAAUUACCCCAGCUUUCCCAUGAUUUACUAACCCUCCUCCUCAUUCAUCUUCUCUUCCCCCCACAGCAGAGGGAUUUCUUGAGGAUAGUCCUCAGUAUGAAGUCGUUCACCCCGCUCGAGUGGAUGCCAGAGGUCACUUCCUGUCCAACUUCCUGUCUCACCACGCUCGCCGUGUCCAGCGCCGGGAAGCCUCAGAGGGACCACUGGACUUGGAUCGAGUCUUCUACCAGUUGUGGCACGGCGGCCACAGUUUGCACUUCAACCUCACCCUUAACCCAAACCUGCUGGCUCCAGGUUUCCUGACAGAGAGGAGGUAUGGUGGCCUGGAGGGGGCAAAGAUCAGUCCUCCCGGAUCCUCGCAGUGCUAUUACUUGGGGGAAGUGUCGGAUCAGGGAUCUGUCAGAGGACGGGCAGCCAUUAGCACCUGUGAUGGACUGGUGAGUAUCUUUACACGUUCAUACCAGUUGAGGUUUCAUGAUGAUGCUUUUUAAAGUGAGCCGAUACAGAAGGCUGUAUUCAGAGCUGAGUUAAGUAGGUUUAGUAACUGUAAAUGUGCAAAAAGACACACAGUUUCAUCCAAGUGCUUACACCCUGAAAUGAUCACCUCAUAUAACAAGGAUGUUUCUGAAUGUAUCUCCUCUUCAGAGGUAAGUGCUUCAUUUCAGAUUCCUGCAGUCUGGCAUUUGGAUGAAACGUCAGUUUUCUCCCCUUUAACAUCAUAUGAACAAAAAGUCAAGGCUGAUACAUUAUGUUUUAUUCUGUAAACGUAUCUUUCAAACCCACUUUGUCACUUCUCAAGAGUCCUCCACUUUUCUUUAUCCUGUUUGUGUCGGAGCAAAUCAAGGCCUUUCACACCAAAUCAGUCUUAAAAGUCCACAUUUUUAACAGAAGUACCUGAAAACAUCAGACCUUUUCAAUAUUUUACACUGCAUCAAUGCAAUGCUGCAAAAAUACCAGCACUUAAUAGGAUUGGUCAAAGCUCUCAUGCUCUUAUCAAGCAGCUCUGCCCAUAUGUAGAGCAAGAAUCCUGUGUAUUUGUCACCACAGGGAGCAUUAUAAGGCAGAAGAUAUCAGUCUAGCAAGGUUUGCUUCUCUGAUUUAUAAUCAAGGAUUUUGUAAUCUGGUUCCUAAAUAUGCUCCUCAUACUUUGACUAUGCAAAUGAAGAGAGAGGUGGUGUAAUGUCAAGUGAAUCUGUACCAGGCAAUAUAUUUUAAGAAAGCAGCCUGGCCGUGUUUUUUCUUCCACAGCAUUGUGAAAUUGGUUAAUAACCCACUUUGCAUCUCAAAUGAAACCGGUGUGCGAUGCCAGCAGCAGCUUUUGUAGCCUGCAGCUGUUGGCCUUAAGCUUCUUCUCUCCCCUCCAGACUUUUUCCUCGUCAGACUUGUAGAAAUAACAAACACUUCACGUCACCAAGUUGUACAAAAGACCGAGCACAACUUUCUUCAUUUAUGCAGAAGCAGAGACCUCCCUUGAAGGUGCCUCCAAGGUCGAUAUCCCAUCCAGGAUUAAUGCAGCCUGCCCAGUGAAUAAAAUACAAGAUACAUGUAUGAAUCUAUUUUAUAUUUAUUUCAUACAAUUAUUUUGAAAAAUAAAACUUCUUUGUGGGGCAAUUUAGGCCACUUUUCAGUGAGUUAAAUCCCCUGUGGAGACAGUCUCUGUUAUUUUUUUGUUUACACUCAGGCUCUUCAUUCAAACUCACCUGCAAGUCGAGCGUCGAGGAAACUUCAUUGAACAGCUUAAUGGUGGCUGCACUCGAAGUAAACAAACAUUGCCUGAAGCAAUUAAGUAAGAAAGAUGCCAAAUAGGUCUGUUCUUUACUUUCUGAACUUUCUCAGGCUGCAGAUACUUUUUUUUGAACUGACAAUCACAUUCAUACACACAGACUGAAUAGUGUUAGGCGUUCAGGAAAUAAGUAUCAUAGACUCCAUGAUGCAAAUUUGACUGUAUGUGAAAGAGGGAUUGUUGUGGUGCAAAGAGAAAAAUGAAGACAAAUCACUCCUAUUUCUAAAAAAGAAACGGUACAUUUAAGAUAAAGUCAAAUCAGAUAGAGAUGCAGCCAAGAGAUCAUGGUACAUCCAAAGAAACAUUAUUUCACUGUUACCACUUUGACUUGCAUGACUUGCACUUUGCAUACAGACUCAAUACACUGAUUAAUGACAUUUUGAUAUAAUCAGCAAAGGCCGAUAUCUGGGUUCAAUAGAUUAUAAAUAAUGAACAAACUAUGUCUGCAGACACCACAGGCAGGUUUGUGAAUGUAUCUGCUGUCCAGACACCAGGACCUGUGAUGCUUGUAUAAUUUACUCUCCUCAUCUCUUUUUUGUUGAUCUAGUGGUGAAAUCCACUCCACUGAAAUGGUUUUCACUUUAGUUUUCAAGAGUGGAGCUACACAGCCUGUUACUAUGAUUUGUUCACACAGAUUCUCACUUAUGAUCCUCCUGUAACCUGUGGCCUUGCAUGGUUUUUAUGAAUCUCACAUUAAACCUUCUCAUAUCUAAGGCCGACUCUUAGACAUCCCAAAUCUCCCCGCUAUUUAAACCAAGCUGAUGUGAGUCGUACUCUCGCAGUCUGCAUUUUAUAGCCAACCCUCUCUCUGCUAGAUGAAUCUGCAGCUGCAAGACUCUCUGAGGAAACUUGCUUUUGUACUGAACAGGUGUGUUUUGUAAUUUUUUCUAAACAUGCAAAAAUUGUGUUUAUACUUAGAACUGCAACCCGAACUUUGAGUGUAUCGCCGAGGCCCAAAAACAUGCUGAAUCCAUUUCCUUCCUCGUAAACCAAUCAUAAAGACAGUUUUCUUUAAGGCAUUUAAACUCUGCUGUGUUUGUGCUUUCACCAGCCUUGGAGCCAAUUGUGUAUCAGGCAGCAUUGAAUGUACGCAAUUACAUUGUACACAGUAUCAACACUUAUAUAUGUGCAGCCUUGUUACUGUUUAUGGGACACAAAACAUCACCACAUCGCCAGGAGGAAGAAGGUCAUUCAUUUUUAGAGGAGGGCAAAAAGGAGUUGACUCACACAUAAAUUAAACCAAACGGUUAACUCAUCCCAUGUAUUCACCUUUUGAAGUCUUACAUCCACUCAUGCUUACAGACACGUGGUCUCCACAUUGAUGACACCCUGCCAGGCCUCAGUAUCAGCCGGCUCUGCUCCUGUCUUUGUUGAUGCAUUCAGUCUGGUUUGUUACAAGUGCAGUACAGGAAUCAUCUGGAGUGAGGUUAGUUGAUGGCCACAGCCUCUCUGGUCUAGAUCUAAAGGACUGAGAGUCCAAUCAUGCAGAUUAUAAUUGCAUGUUCCUUUCUUUCACAGCAUGAUAACCAUGGAAAGAAAAUAGAAUAGAAAACCUUUUUUUUCCAAGCCCACUCUUGGUAUUGUUAGUCAGAUUUCUGUUGGUUCCCCGUGUUCCCAUGCAGCCAGGCAUAUUACAUAAUUCCUACAUUCUGCAGGUGGUGGUGACGUAAUGCCCUACGGCUGUGUUUCUAUUUUUGUGCAGGAAAUAAUAGCCAACCAAUCAAACUGUAUUAUUCAAUUCAAAUGUGUUUUUGAUAGUAUUAUAAUGUUGAUGCAUUUUGCCCGGUUUGAUUUCAGUUUUGCAUGCUCGGUCACAGGCAAUGGAUGGUUUCAUUUACAUGCAGCUGGUUCCAGCUAGCAAGAGGAUAGUUGACAGGACAGUCCAUCACUCGGCAGAUGCACACAGCGGCUGAAUCACAAGGAGUAGAAUCAGUCAACUUCACAUACGUUGUUGCAUCCUGUCUGCGCCUCCCUUUCUGCUUUCAAAACACUGUCAUAGCCGUUUAGGUUUUAAAUCCAAUUUCCUGAAAAGCAGAGCAAAGAGAAAAAAAGCACAAGUCCUUGUAAAAAAAAAAGUUGGCAACAGUAUAACAGUCUUUAAUAUUCUUGAAGAUGAUCCAAAGCUCUUUGGCGAACUUAUGAAGAGUUAUUUUCUUGCGCUGUGAUCAGUCACUUUUCACAGAUGUGUGGAAGAAGAAAAAUAUUUUAAUAUUUGUCGCCUGGGUUUCCAUCCAGCUGUUGAAGAACUUCUCUAAAAAAACAUGAAAAGUUCCAGAUGCUGUAUUAAAAAAAAAAAGAGUUUCUGUCUGCUGCAUUUAUGUUAUGAGACAAAAAAACAGUACAGUACUGUUUGGAAGAACAGUGAGCAGGUUUUCUUGAUAAAGCAGACUGUGAGAUUGUAGAGGUUUAUUUUUGUCCUGAUGUAUGAGAGCUAAUCUCUGUCUGCCUUAUCUGAGUCAUAAUGUCUUUUUCAUUUUGAUUUUGUUGAAAACAGAAUCUGUUAUCUGUUCUCCAAAUUAGGGGCAGUGCAGGAAGAGAGAUGAUAGAGCGCAGAAACAGAUAAUAAUAGAAACAACCUCUUCUCUCUUUCACUUUGCUCAGUAAAUGAAUGUUUAUGUUCAGUUUUGGAUGCUUCUUUUGCUUUUAUAUUAUAGUAAUAGUAAUCUGAAAUUCAUCACACAACUGCAAAAAAGUGCCUGUGACACUAGCAGAAUUGGACUCAGUUUUAAAAUAGUGUAAACCCUGUUUGAAACACCCCAGCUGGUCAUUUUGACCUCCUCUGCACAUUUGUUCAUGUUUUUGUCUCAUGCAUGGUAACAGAGUAGACACAAAUAUUAGGAACACCUCUUGACAUCAUGCACUCCAGCACUCAACCACCAGCACCUGCUACAACCUCGAUUAUCACCUUUCUGACCAUGUCAACAAAAACUAAAAAUACGAAAGUGAGGUAUUUUUGUCAGAGCUUUAGUACUGGGUCACAUUAGAUUGGAUGAGUGGCUUAAUCUGAUUUGUAUUUGUGUAAUAGAAGAAAGCACUGAAAUAGUUUUUUUUUCUUAAAGCAUAAAAGAAUUAAGUUCCCUCCAAAGAAGGGAGGUAGACACUAGUGGCUUCAUUUCUACAGUUCAGUGUGAAACUUCUCCAUAUCCACUGAGAAUCUAACACUGUAUAACUGAGUCAAUGGACACAUAUCAAGCACAUAAACACAAAUGGAUAAUAGCAUGCAUGCAAAGCAAAUGAGUGAAAUUUUACUUAAGUAAAAGAAAGUCAACAAAAUGAAAAAGUUUUAAACAGGGUAUAAUCUUCAGGAUUGUCCAGAGAAAAAAGAAACAACCUUUUGUUGUACGAUUUACACUGAGCACAUUUGACCAGAUGAAGUUAGAGCCUGACUAGCCCUGGGCUGAUUUUCUGAUCACUGAUAAUAAACAAAAUUUCACUGUAAAAUCAUGAAAUCAUGAUGACUAAAAUAUUUGAGAGAAAAUAAAGAAUCACAACACCAUUACUCUCUUCUGCACUCAGUUUAACAGCACCACCCAUCACAACCCUAGAGUGUUGAUGUAGAGAGUGGGAAUCUGUCUUGUUGUGGCUGACUAACUGAUUGAUUGACUGAUUAAUUGUUUUUGUUUCCCCCACAUUAUUUAAUUGUGUCGUCAGCCAAAAAAAUCUCAUCCUGCUGAUUUUUAAUUAUAAUUAUUCAUGUGGAAAUUGUAAAAAUAGAGCCUCUUUAGCUCGUCAGCCAACAUGUAAUUUUCAGGCAUUAAAAAUUACAAAAUAAAAAUCAUUAGUCUUGUCACUUUUGGUCGUCUUUGUUUUUGUUUAUCAUCAGAAGGCAUCAAUAUGAAUUUUGUUAUUUUGGUAAACAUCAAAAAACUCCUUACAGGAGCUUUAAAAUAACCGUGAAAAGGGUUUGAACAGGAAACAAAGUCUUAUUCUCUUAUUUCUGUUAGGUUAUAAGAUAUAAAUAUAUCAUAUGUGAACAUAAAGCCUACACUCUGAAAAUUCUUACAAGACAUUAAGAAUACAUGUUUUGUAACCUUUCAAUGCACAAUUGGACUGUAUUCAUGUCACUUUUUUUCUCAGUAUAACUCAGUUUCUAAGUCAUAUUGUCUCAGAGUAGAAAUAAAAACAUUCCAGUCUUAGUCUUCAUUGAACUCGAUCCUCUCUCUGUCUGUAUUUACAUUUAAUUACGUUUUAUAGACAUCCACACUCAUAAAGAAAAACAAACGUGUCCUGACAGAACCUCAUCAUUUUCCUUCAGUAAGGAGCUGAGGAUCAACAAAGAAGAUCACUGAUGGGUUUUUACAGGAAAGUUUCCAGAUUUCUUAUGAUCAAACACAUAAAAUUACAGUUUUCUCAGAACCACUAAUGACCAAUCAGUGUAUUUUCAUGAUUACUGUGCAUGUGUGUCAUACUUUCAUGCAAUUUACAUUAGCAUUUAAACUAGCUGCUUCCAUGAGCACAAAUUACAGGGUAUUCAAGCAUCUGUAAAUGCUGUUGCUAUUAUAUUUAAGUGUGCUCAACUUAAAAGAAGAAGAGGAAAUGAUCCUUGUGCAAAAUGCUAAAUCCAAAACUGCUCUUUGAGUGUGAGAGUAUAAAAGAUUAUAUGAAGGGGAUAAAUGGCAGGCGGAGCACUUUGAACAAUCAGACCCGAUCGGGGUUUGUAAUUUGAGUCUAUUUAUUGUUAAUUUUCUGAAUCAUCACAACAAAUACGAAUGUUUCAACCAAAGCUGCUGCAAUUUGUUCAACUAAAUGUGUGCAACAAGAACAUUGUGCAGUUUCCUUUGACACUCCUAAUCUGAGAGAUUGUUGAUCUGUUACACAAGUGUCUGAGCUGCUGUUUACACAAGAAUAUUUUCUUUAUUUUAAUUUCAGUUUUGUUUGGAAAAUUUUACAGAUCUUUUUCCUGCAAUGCUUCAGUCCUCCAACAUCAUUUCCAGAUAAACAGAUUCAUUUCAACUUCAGUUCUCUUCUACUGUAAACAUCUUAUUGACAUUUCUGCAUACACUCCUUUACACAAACCAUCAAAUAUACAACUACUCUAUUAAUUAAAGACCCAAGGGAGCUUACAUCUAUGUUUUAGGUACCAUAUAUUGUUGGUGGAGUCAGAAAAUCGUCUCCACUGGGAUUAUAAAUUGAAUCCACUUUCUCCAUAUUUGAUCAAAUUUGUCUUCGUUUCUCCUGUCUACUGGCUGCUGCCACGUUCUAGUCAUUGAUUUGUUUUACUGGCUGUCAAAAGCACUUACAGUAGCUUUGUAUCCCCCCCCCCCCCUUUUCCCAGACAGAAUGAGACCCAGAUAUAGACCCUCAAAGGUCAUGGGUGCUUGAGUCUUAAACACUUUGCUUAAUGUUGUGUGAAUGUGACUCUGAUAUCCCCUCAGUCUGAGACAGUCCAAGAAGAAAUGAAAAUGAUUUGCUUCUGUUGAGCCACACAGUCUCCAACACAUCCGUCUUGUAUCCUUGUAUUUUUCUUGGUAUGGUGUCAUAAAAUACCUGAUAAUAUUUUUAAGCAACGUUCUCUCCAAUCUCUGGAGUUAAAUACCUCCCAUACCUCCUCCCAAACCUGCAUGAGUGUAUUUUCAUGAGAUGUGUUUGCCAAAAUGAAGGGGUGCAGCAUGUCUGCAAAGUAUGAAUAAAGUUAGAAAUGCUGCAAUAUAGGGGUCAGAUGUUUUAGGAGUUUUGUUAGUGACAGUGACGCUGAAAUAACUUGACAUUUGGAGAUUUACUAAACACCUAACCACAGAGCGAGACCGAGUGUUCUUGGCAGAGCAGAUGAGCUCAGCCGUUGUGCUAUAAAUGAAUUGCAGCAGUUUAUAUUACGAAGUGUGGUGUGAUUGUGAAGCACUUUCCAGGUGUAUUUAUGCUGCGAGUAUGAAUGAACCGUGGGAAAUAAUAAAUAGAAGCACUCAAGCGAACAAAUGUAGUGAAGAUUGUGAAGGUUUAAAUGAUGCGAUGAACAAAUUAGGACUGGGCGAUUAUAUGAUCGUGAUUAAUGAUCGUGAUUAAUUUCAGUUCGAUUGCGGUGAUCAGCUGUGAGCAUAUUUACUCGAUUAAACAUAGCUGAAAUGUGCAUGACAACAGCCAAUCAGAGUUGAGCUUUUUCUGCUCACUUCUGUAAGUUGCCAGAGAAGUAAACAGUAAUAUAGUAAACUAGUGCUGACGGCACUAGUGGCAUGAGCAGUUCAUCCACAGCUAGCGGAGCAGCCACCAGACCAAAGCAGCGAUCAAUCAUAUCAUCUAAUGUUUACAUUUUAAGGCAUCCUAAUUAUCCCUGAAGGGACGAUUUGUUUAUUUUGGGUCUUGCAUACCUGCAAAAACAUUUAGGACUGUAAACUAGUUUACUGUAUAAUUUAGUACUUAUCUACUUUUGUUGUACUGUUGAGUUAAAGUGGUUUUUAUAUUUUUCUAAGUUGAUCUUAUUCAAUUUGCUUUGUCAUUUACUUUUUAUAUCAAUAAAAUGUUGAUCUAAUCUCUAGUUUCUUUAGUUUUCAGUACAAGCAGUUAAAAAAAAACAAAAAAAAAAAAACUUGAUAAUAAUUGAGAUCGAACCAUAUAACAAGAUAUAUUGUGAUCUUUUUUUUGGGGCUUAAUUGCCCAGCCCUAGCACAAAUACCAAACAUGGUUCGAUUUCUUUCCACUUGGAUUUCGUUAGUCCAGUCAGUGCUGCAGAUGAUGGUUAGAAAUAAAUCAACUCAAAUAGAUUGGGGUUUCACAUUUGCACUCUGUUAUUUAAUUGGUUGCAUCUGCAGAAGUCUGUUCAUCGUUUUCUGACUCCAGACUGCAGAAACUGACAGCUCCUCUCUGAAGCUGCUUUCACAUCAUCCUCCUCAUGCGUUUGAGAUGUAGAGAGUACGAGUCCUGCUGACCUACUUCGCUUCUCCCGUGUGGCGCAGUUGUAAAGAUAUUGCACGCAAAUUUAUGCAGCAGCUCUUCUGUGUAAGCAUCGGUGAGAUCUUAUGACGCUCUGACAGCUGAGGGAGAGGUAAAGGGAGCAGAGCAUGGACCGGAAUCAAAUGUAAAGCGAGGAUGGUCAACUGGGGCUGCUUGAGUUUGGUUUGGAGCCAGCAGGGUUUAGGGUGCAGUGAUUAAUGUGACAUCUGAUCUUUCCCCUUCUCACAGUCACACCCUCAGAGCCUGCACCAAACUCAACACAUCAGGCUGUUAGAGCGUCAAACUGGAGGCUUACUGGGAUUUGUUUUUUAAUGCUGAGGAUAGUUAAAAGUUGGGACUUCAAACGCCGUCAGCAGCUUUAACGUCAAGUAGAUUUGAACAGCAGCUCAGAUCAAAAUUUUAGGAUGUUGUGAUAAAAAGAGCUUAAUUCACAUAUUCAGUAUCAAAAUAGCUUUUUUCUAUUCGGAAACAACUUCUUUCACCAAACAACAAACCCUCAUGUCACAAUACGCAUGCAGUAAGAUGACAGAAAGUUUCCUUCUUUGUAAAAACACGUACACGUUCAUUCACUGACAGACACUCCCACACAUAAACCUACUCCCUUACUUAAUUUGUACCCAGAUUUUAAUCAUUUCUUUUACAUUUUCAUUCAAUUUAUCUACAAACUAUUCAGAUAAAGCUGUAAAAAAAGGAGGAAAAAGUUGUUGAUUUGAAUCUCAAAGUUUCACAGUUUCUUCCAGUCUCAGCGUGAGGCUAAAGCAGCUGCAGAACGGUGAAGAGCUGUGCUCAACUUGGUAAUCUAUCUUUUAGUUUCCUGUAAUCACAGCUUUUCAUUGAGAAGUAAAUCGUCCAUUACAAAAGGCAACAAAAGUCCCAAUAUAACUUCUUACCAUAAUUAACUACUCACCACAACCUGCAGCUGCCUCACAGUGAGAGAAACUUCUUACUGAAGGAGUCUGUAUGAGAGGAUGAGUCAGCAUCUGUGCAAAGUUUUCUUUUCUUUUUUUCAUCCUCUGUAUGAAACGUGUCACUGAAAAUGAGUCAAUAUGCAGUUUUGGCUUCACCAGCACAAUAACAGCUCAAUUAGGUGAUACCUCUGGUUGAAUGUGAGUAACGUGAAACAGAGUAAAGAGGAUAAAUCCAGAGUAUUGUGACAAUGAUGCUGCCCAGCUUGCUUGAGUUCACAGAGGACAUGAACAGCUGAUGAUUAUUUUUGAGAACAGCUCAGAGGCUGGUUAUUUUCUCAAUUCACUGGUGCAUAAAGCAUCAGAAAAUCACCCCUAAUAACUUUAAAAGCAUACAAAGACAUGUCCUAGCAUCAUCCCAAAAUACAAAAGUAAUCCUGUUUCUCAUUAAGACUUUUGGAAGAAAAAAUACUCACAUCUGAGAACAUCCCACGCCAGUCUGUUGCCCAGAAACAUAGUUUUAUGAGUAAUACUGAAAUUGAAGCUCCUGUGAGGAACUUCUGCUGAUUUUUCAACCCCUGUAGACAAAAAAAUCCUCUUGUCUCUUUGCUGAUUGUUGUCCUGUACAGGUCAGUGUGUUGUGAACCUGAUAUUUAUGUUUCUAAUUAGUCAAAUAUAUCACUCACUGUUAAGCUGUGCAGGGGAAAAUGCACACAAUCCUCCACAGUGAUAACAGACAAAGGCCGUAACAAUACUCCCGUGUUGACCACGACCAUAACUAUAAAUGACCUUUCUAGAUAAAUAAGACAUUAGUACUAUGCUUAACAUGGGCAUGGUGAUGGUCCCGGUUGACACAGCAGAGAGUGUACAUAUGAAGGGGGAAGUAGCAGACUGCUAGCGCUAUAGCUGUAGCAGCCCUCAGAGAAGUGAUUUGGCACUUUUUAAAACUUAUGUUCAAGUAAAAUUAUCAUCCUAAAAGAAAUUUAAGAGCUUUUACCUCUUUGAGUUACCAAUCAACUGAACAUUUGUCCUUUUUUUGCUGUUUUUUAUUAAAUUCUGUGACUUAAGACUCUUCAAAAUAAAAGCACAGCCUAACAUUGCAGGGAAUAAAACAACCAAAACACAACACAGACAGAAUAUCAAAAUAAAAGCAUGACAAACAAUUAUUCCGUGUUUUUUUCUGGUAAUGAAGGUUCAUCAUAAUUUUGAAUGUUAUGAAUUAUGGAUAAUGACAUGUAAGAUAUUUAUGUUUAUUAGUGAAGUUUAUAAAGUGAUGUGUUGCCCCAUUCUUGUCUUGCCUCCUCUCUAUUUAACUGAUUGCGUUGUUUUAUUUGGAAGUCUUCCGUAAAUAUCUCAAUGACUUUGUUAUCUCAAAAUGUUAUGACCACAUUACAAGCGACUGAUGUCACGAGGUCCUAAAAAUAGCUCUAUAGUCCUCUUGCUCAUGGUCUUUUAUAUAUAUAUAUAUAUAUAUAUAUAUACCUGUUUCAUAACCAGCUGAAGCCUCACUCUUCUGCUCAUCAAGAUCUCUCCUUGAAAGCUGUAGCUCUUCUUUGAAUUCGCUCUUGAACCUUAUGACGGUAUGAAAGCAGCACAAUGUCUUGCUUUGCAGUGUUGCUUUUUUUUGCCUUGUUUUGUUCACCCAGCCGAACAUUUCAGCAUGUCCUCUGUGCUGAUUAAAGGUCUGAAGAGAGACCUCACUAACAGCCCUUUUCUUUUUCUUCAGACAGGAUUGUUCAAGUUGUCUGAUGUCGAGUAUUUUAUUCAACCUUUGGAGAAGUCGAGCACUAAGACCUCAGCACCCCAGGCCCACGCCAUCUACAAACGCCAUGCGCCUCUUCCCUCCUCGAGCCCAGUCGUACGGCCUAUCUCAGGGAAACAAGCUGUCAAUGGUACCUGUGGAGUUCAGAGUAAGUCAGUCUCUCCUCAUACACACGUACCGGAAAUAAUAAAAAGUUUUGCAAAGUUAAAACUAAACUGGUUGUUAUUCAUUCCUUCAAACCAGGUAAUUACAUGCAGUCCGAUACCUGAGAAUAAAUGAGUAUCCUGCAUUAUUUAAACUCUUAUCCAGGGAUUAUACUAAACGCACCACAAAAUGAUUUAGACAAAAAUGGUGACUGAUCGAAUAUCCCUCUCCUUUCUCACGAGUCUGUCCCUGUAUAAUAAUCUGCAGAGGUCGUAGAGAUAAAAGUAUUGAAACCGACAAGCUCAUAAAUCAGCUACUUAAAAUUCAGAGUCAGCUAAAGUGACCCUCAAAGUAAAUUGAGCGUCCAGGAGAGAUCAGAGAGAGUCGGUGUUUUGUGAGUACAUGAAUAUGGAUUUGUCCUUUCUUAACAGGUGAGUCACUUAGAGAAUAAAGUAAAAAGACAUCAAGGCGGGAUGGUGUGAUUAAGAGGAAGGUCUGACACAUUAAAAAGAGUGAGUAAGGCUUUAAUAACAGAUCCUCUGUCCCAUCUGAUUCUUUGUAUGUAUUAUAGGAGGCUGCAUUGACUAGGUAGACAGUUUGACAGAUUGUUGAGUGAUGGCAACAACAGUAUGGAUGUGAUGGAGUGUGGGUGGCAAAGUAUGAGCCACACUAAACUAAGGCAGACACAUGACUAAUACAAAUGUUUCAAACACAACAAAAAGGGUCAUUGAACAGCUGGAAAGAAAGAAAUCGAAUCGAGUGAAGAACAUUGACUGAAAGGAGUGAGGCUCAGAGGCUGGCGGCUUCGUGCUGUUUUCCUUUUUUUUCCUCUGCAUUCACUCGUCUAGUUAAUGAUGUGAAGGAGAGGCUGCAGCAUGAGCUCAGACAAAGAAUAUUUCCACACUUGGAUAAGGUCUAACUCAUAUUGUUGUUUCUCAGGCUGGCUGCGGGACCAAAGUUGGCAGUAGAUUAUUUUACUUUUUUGGAAGAGGGGCUCGUAACGCUCUCAGUCAGAGGACAAGAGGAGGGUAGAGUAGGAGACUAGGAAGUGAGAGUAUGAGAGGACAUUUGAUAUGCAACAAAAGGCUGCAGGUUCCACUCAAACCUGUUUAAGAGACAAUCCCCGAUGACACAGACAUGUUUAAGAUUCGUUUUUCCUUUGCAUGCCUUGAAAGCCAAAUCGCAGACUUUAUCUGUUGCGCUCAAAUUUGCAAGUUUCUUUCAAGGCAUUUAAAGACAUGGCUCAAAAAAUAUUCUUUCUUUAUAUGCAGAUGAUGUUUAACUGUUUACUUCUGACCCAGUAUCCACCAGCCUUCACUCCACUGGGCUGCUAAAUAGGUUUGGGACUUUUUCAGGUUGUAAAUUAAAAACUUCAAGAGUGGUUGCUUUUCUGUAAACCACCUUUUCCUUCAAAUCCUUGAUUUUUUUAAGAGUUUAACUACAGAGCUAAACCAGCACCUCAGACGUUUGCAUUAUUGAUAAGUUAAUGUACCAGCUUCACUUUAUUUUGUCAUCAUGCUGUGGUGUCUUUUCUGCCUAAUCUGUUGUUGAACAAAACAAUUAAACAGAAAGUCUGUUUUUGAGGUACUCAGAGAGGAUAUAUAGAUGCCAUGCAAACCAAGAAACUUCAUUAAAAUGACAGAUUUGUCAUAUUUAGAUUUUAAUUGCCUCAUACUUUCCAAACUAGGACUGCAAAAAGGGACUGCAUGAAAUCACAAAUGAAAGGCAGAGUAGAGAGAUAACACUCAAGUACUGGCUCACCAUGUAUGUUUCGGUGUUUUUCCGUCUCUACAUCCUUCUGUACUGGUCUGCGCCCCUCCUUCGAGACACCAUCCAGGCAGCCAAUCAGUACAGUGCGUUAUUCUCAUAACAUCCCCGCCUGUUCUGAUCUCUGUAUGAGGUUAAAACUGAGAGGCUGCAGAUCCCCCACAAAAGUCAUAUUUAUUACAAAUAAUUCAAAACCUCACUAUGAAGACGAGACCUUGUUUAAACUGCUGAAAAUACCAUAAUAGAGGACCUGAAAAACUUGUGACUUAUAUAACUGCAUACUAUAUACAGCUGUUGUUUGGAUUUUUGUAGGUGGAAUUGCAGAUACUCGUGAGACGAAAAUAUCAAAAGAAGUUUUUUCUGGGGGUGUUGCAGCUUCAAGUAUAAACAGAAUAUUAAAACACCCAAAUCUGCAUUAUUGCUCAAAGCGGGUAAACAUUUUCUAACAUUGAGGUUGGCAACAUCAUAAAUCAUUUUCAUCAUUUAUCAUUUAUUCAUUAGAACGGAUCAUUCUGUAUAAUAUUUAUACAGAAUAUAAUAUCUGCAUAAUAUUUGAUAUAAAGAGUGGGGAUACAGGAAGCGGAGAGGCCAUGAGGAGGUGGGGACCUGGAUAACAGAAAACUGAUUGAUAUACCAGAGUGUUAGUGAGGAAGGUUAAAUUCAUGGCCUUGUGUCGAGGUUUACUGUACCUCAGCAGGUUUUUAUCUUCUAUUUUUGUCUUCCAGGUUCCCAUCAAAGUUUUGAAGACAUCGAGAGAGAGCGGGAGCAGUGGGAGCUCCAGCAGCAGAGAAGAAGAAAGAGGAUCCGCCAACGCUCUGUCAGCAAAGAGAGGUGGGUGGAAACGCUGGUGGUGGCUGACCCGAAAAUGGUGGAGCAUCAUGGGAGCAAAGCUGUGGAGAACUAUGUCCUCGCUGUCAUGAACAUUGUGAGUAUGUGACUUUAAACAACACAGUAACAACAUUAUAAAGAGGUAGCUGUGGCUCGGUGGUAGAGUCAAUUAUCUCCCAAUCGCAAGGUCAGGGGUCCUCAUGCUGGGGUGUCCUUGGGCAAGACUCUUGGCCCUACUGUCUCCUUGUGGUGUGUAAACAGAAGAAGGCUAAACUCCUGGGUGUGUGAAUGUAGGUUGAAGGAGUGAAUGUGAGAGAAAGCUGUUUAGAUACAGUCCAUGUUUUGAGACCUGUCCGAGUUACGGCUUCGUCAACAAUGUCAAACCAUUCAACGUGCAGCACAUUUAGACACAGAAUUUUCUGCAACAGUCUCAAACUUUUAAACAGUUUCAUCAGUUUCACUACUGAGAGUCAGACGAGAAAGAUAGAUGCACUUCUUAUUGGUUCAGACAUUUAACCUGGCAUUGCAUUGAAACUGAAGGCUGGAGGAAACAGUUAGCUUAGCACAGUUCAGAGUUUAAUGAUAAGACUAGAAACACCUCUUAAAAUGUCAAAUUCACACAUUACAUCUGGUUUUAUAGAGCAACCAACCCUUUUCUUGCUAUACCUUUAUUUUUAGUGCAAAAGCCCUAGAUAAGAUACAUCUGCUCAUUGACCCUGCACAUGCUUAUGCACAGUGAGGAUGUAUACCAGUCAUUGUUCGAUUAGAUACAAAAAAAACAUUUUUUUUAAGUGGCCAAAAGAGGUCAGUGCGGAACACCCACGGAGAAAAAAUCGCUUUAGUUACUUUGACGACCAGCGCUGUAUGUUAAAAACAACAAAAACUGUACAAGCCAAUAAAAAAUACACUUAUAAGUUUGACCCUACGUAUAUAACUUCCAAAAACACACUGAUGAUGAGAUUGAGUCAGAUUAGUUUGAACACUUGCAUUAAUAUUUGUCUUCACUUACUGUUAGCAUCGACAGAAAUAUUGAAUCAUGCAAUAAACACUCACAUAUAAACAGCUUUUGAUUUAUCUUUAUUAGUACAAAUAAUCCUUCAGUAUAACUGGAAUAUAUAGAUUCACUUUGUUUUGAAUGAGUCAGCUCCCUCCUUCCGUCAUGAGUCACCAGAGCGAAGAGUUGAAGCUCUUUUUCAUUUCUUCUAUUUCAACCGUGACUCCAGAGACUCCAGUGUUAUUACUACCUCCCAGUUAGAGGUUAAAUAAACUUACUGCUUGUCUCUCGUUGAUUAGCACAUUAUUCUUUUCUCCAAAACUCUGUCAUGUCUGCUCAGACUGCAGCCACUGCGAGUGCCAUCAGAGGACAGAAUAUCAGGAAAGGGAAUUCUCUGACAGAGAAGCCCUGGGAUUAAGUGACUCAACAGACAAUAAUACACAGAGGAAGCAGCCAUUAUUCCACACAUCCUCUCAUGCUCCUUUUUUGGAGUCCUUUACACUCCAGCUUUGAACUUGAAAGCCCGAAAUGCUUGAGUUUUGUAAAAACAAUCAGACAAAGCAUCGAGGGAAACAACCUCUCAGCCCUGUCCAAACAAGAAGUAUUGGGAUCAUUUUCCUCAGCCAGCAGCUGCUCCAUUGUCUCAUCACUGACUCUGUCUUUAAGUUGUCAGCUUUUACAAGAGGUCAUAUUUUUAUACUCUGAUACACUGCACUCACACAGCAGCAUGAUUUACGUGCAAACACAACAGCAAAGACAGCCAAUCUCAGACAGAUUACAUAAAAAUAGCCUGUGACUUCCUUUCACAUGGGGAUCUUAUGGUUUCAAGUUUUAGUUUGGGUUUAAAUAUAACCACAUAUUUGCAAAUAAACAAGACAGAAACUCCCCAAACUACUGUAUAAGCCUUGAAUAAUAUGUGUAGUUGAUUCAGUGCCGCGUGCAGCAGGCAGGAAACAUUAAAUCAAAAGCUUAAAGUGAGCUCGAAAUAGUUGCAGCUUUAUUUUCGUUCACGAUACAAACAAAAGAGGACAAAAGAUAACGAUAGAGCGAGAACAAAUUUAGAAUAACUGAUAAGCUUCAAAAAUUACUCCAAAGUUCAUCCAGCCCAAAAAUCUGUCCCACUUUCAAAACCACAAUAUCUGUGAAGGAGCGUUUGUGUGACAGAGACAACAGCUACAAACAAAGAGUUGAUGAAUUAAGUCCCUUGUAUUGUUAUCUGCCUGUAGUGCUUCAGUUACACAACUUGCAGGAAAGGGAAAAUGUGAGGAUGUUGUGCCAAAUAGGAAUAAAACUUCAAGGCAGCUGACCACUUAUGUACAAGAGUCUCUCCUCAGACGGUAGCUCGGUUGUGAUCAAACUUAAGGUCAUCUAUCAAUGCUGCUAUUUUUUCCUCUGUUACAAAAUGAUCCUGAGGAAAGUUCUGUCGUAAUCAUUUGUCUGUUUGUCUGAAUCCUCUAAACUUUACAACAACAAACUUUCACUGCGGUUAUUACAGCAUUGUGCAAGCCUUAGUCGAGCAUUGAAACACUUCAGUUGUGUUGAAAUGUAGAUGGAAUAAAGAAUUUCACGAUUUAUGAGGGAUAACACCCACCCAUUACAGACACACACUCUGAGUUAGGCGUGUCGUACAGCAGAAGUUGGUGCAAAGCCAACUUGUUUAGAGAUUAUGCUCACGUCGAGCACCUCAUCAGUGAGUUUAUUUUUCCUCAGACUGUUUUUCAUGUUUACCUUGUUGUAGAUUCUCUCCUCUCUUCCAACAAUCACCCCUGUGAUGCCCCCGCUCUUUAAUGAAACUGGUAUUUUGAUUGCCACCUUGUACCACCCGUGUUAAAGAUUGCGAGAGACUGACGAUACCGUAAACUUAUUUAAAUGCUAAUUUUUGUGAUGAUUUACACUUUUCAUCAGGCUUGAUGCCACGCAUAUUAAACAUAUCGAAGGUCAACCAAAGCAGCAUUAAAGCGUGCCUUCAUAGUUAAGGAGAAACAUUCAUGCUAAGCUUUCAGGUAACAGUUUGUACACUUACUCAGAUACUCAUUAAGCACAACCCUGAAAACUGAAGCCAUAGAUGUUUCAGAGUAACUGAUUCAAAGUUUGGUGUUGACUUUUUUAUUUAACUGGAGCAAGGAUGGACGAGGAAAUACAGGUUUAUUUAUUUCAUGCAGAAAGGCUGAUGAAUGAGCAGCCCUGAAUGACUCACAUUAUCUUGAUUGAUGCGCACAGAUUGAUAAUAGAGAGAGUCCUUAAAUUCUGAAAUAAUUUAUACAGUAUUAUGAUGUUUAUUUAUCUACAUAUCUGCUGGCCUUCAAAUGGAAAUCCAACACUGUGUUAGCCUGGAUGUAAAUGUUAUAAUAUGACCGUCAUUGCUUUGAUACAAAGACAUUAUUAUACAGUCUAAUUACAAAGGUUUUUGCAAAAAGGAUGCUUUAAGAUAGGUUUCUCAUCUUGUCAGUGUAUGUUCGGUAACACUUUACUCGAUGCCUGUCUCUGUAACGCGUUAUAAAUAUAUGUAUAAUGCAUUAUAAUCACGUUAUAGCACUGUAUAACUAUCGUUAUAAACACUCAUAAAUGAUCAUAAUGCUUUAUAGCAAUAAUCAUAACACAUUAUACAGCAUUUUAUCAUGGCUUACAAGGUCAAGUAUUAUGUGUUAUGCUUAUUGUUAUAAAGUCUUAUGAUAAUUAAUGAGUGUUUAUAAUGAUAGUUAUACAAGUUUAUAAGCAAAUUAUAACACAUCAUAAAUACAUGUAUAAUGCAUUAUCUGUGUUGCCAUUGUCAGUGAGUUGUUAAUAGUUAUAACACAUUAUAAUACCUGACCUUGUAAAUCAUGAUUAAAUGCUUUAUAAUGUGUGAUGAUUAUUGCUAUAAAGCAUUGUGAUAAUUUAUGAGUGUUUAUAACUAUACUCAUACAGUGCUAUAACGUGAAUAUAAUGCAUUAUACACCUCUAACCUCUAUUAUACAUUUAUAACGCGUUAUAGAGAUAGGCAUCAAGUAAAGUGUUACCGUAUGUUCUUAUGCACAUGCUUCUCUAAUACAACUUCAACAAUAUAGAGCAACUUUCAUUUUCAAUCAAUCAAUUAAUCAAAUUUUAUUUAUAUAGCGCCAGUUCACAACAGUCCUCAUCUUAAGACGCUUUUCAAAGAACAAGAGCAGGUCUAGACCACGCUCAUUGUUUGAUGAUCAAGAAUUCUACAAUCUGUGUACAGAGCCUCUGUAUUCAUUAGUUUAUCUGUGCAGACUGAGGACUCAGACUGCCUCCUAAUACUCAGUGUUCUCUUCUCACAGGUGGCGGGUCUCUUCAGUGAUGCUAGUAUUGGAAAUGCAAUCAAUAUUGUGGUUGUUCGUCUCAUCCUGCUGGAGAAGGACGAGGUAAAAAUGUGUGUUCAUAAAACAGUCCUCUGGGGUUAUAUUUUUUUACAAGCUGGAAAAACGACAUGUCUUUGAAAAUGUAAGUGAACCUUGAAAAAUGAACAUGAACUGAAUAAAAGUCUGCACCGAGUGUACAACCGCCGAGUUUAGUUCGACUGAACAUGAAUACAUGACGUAUAUGUGGAAAUUGUUCAUUUAAGGAUCAUCUUUUUUGUCGUAAAUGUUUAGAUUUGUUAUAUUUAUGUUUAUCUUAAUGUGACGUGUGGUUCACAGGAUGAGUUAAAGAUCACACACCACGCUGACAACAGCUUGAACAGCUUCUGUAAGUGGCAGAAGAAACUCAACAUGAAAGGAGACGAACACCCUCUGCACCAUGACGUGGCAGUUCUCCUCACCAGGCAAAUAAAAACUCUCUUUUAACUCAUUCCCUUUUUUCUGUCUGUGCAAAACCACGUCACCAAGGCCACUUAACUCUUGAUUUAAUUAGUAGAAAUGAAAAAAAGUAAAAGUGAUGCAUAUCAGUCGUUGCUUUUGACUUGAUUAAAUGAAAAUAGGUCAGAUUUUUAAAGUUCAUGUUGUUUGCCAUGGCCAUUACUGUAAUUGGUAGUAAUAAUAUUUCAUUCUGUCAGAGGCCACUGCCCUAUUUCUUUCAAUUUAAACUUAAUUUAAUCAGAAAAAACUUCUUGAGAUAGAAAAAUCUCUUUGUAAGAGGAUCCUGGCCAAGACACGCAGCAGAUGAGAAGAUGAGAUAAAGGACUAUCACACAAUAACAAUCAUGAAAGAACAUGUAGAUCUGCAUGUACGGCAGAUUAUCUACAGACAGGUUUUGAUUUGAAGUCAUUUAAAGUCACUGCAAAAACACCCCAAACAGGGGAUCAUACUUACAACACUCAAUAUUUGAUAAACAAUAUUUGCUUUAUCUACAGGCUCUUCCUAACUCCUUUUUUUCUCUUUUUACUGUAGUUCUUGAAUGUAUCAUCCGUCUUUGUUUAUAUGCCGGCACUUUUACAGGAAGGACAUCUGUACAGCCAUCAACAGGCCCUGUGAGACCCUGGGUCUGUCACAUGUGGCAGGGAUGUGUCAGUCUCAUCGCAGCUGCAGCAUUAGUGAGGACACCGGCCUCCCGCUGGCCUUCACUGUGGCUCACGAGCUUGGACACAAGUAAGGUUUCACCGCAGACUCCCACAGACACACAGGUUUAUAUUCUGAUUUGUUCUGAUUAUAGUAAUGUUUUCAGAUACUUUUUUAAGUAUCAGCAGAAGAUUUUUAUGAUAAAAGUGUCAUGAACAGUAGGCUGAGUAUGUUUCACUAAUCGCCUUCUAACUUGUUAAACAGCCCGGGUUCACCGGGUUACUGCUGCUCCUCUCUAAGCUCUCUGUUUCUGCAGAUACACUCUAAAUUGAUGUCGCUGACAGGCUGAUACGGUGGGUCUUAGAUAAAGAGCAAAACUAAAUAACGGUUGGCCUUUCCCCUUAGCUGUUAGUGAGUGAUUUUUCGGGGUUAACAUUUUAUCAUUUACAUUUUUAUCCAGCUUUUAGUUUAAUAGAGCUCUUUUGAGCAACACUGACCCCUGCUCUCUGGAUAAAGAAGCUAUAGUGAGAAAAAUUCGACUCAGGUGAUGUUUUUUUCUAAUCAAUUUAAUCCUUUUUUUUAUUCUUGAAAGGACAGUGAAGUUUCCUUCAUUUCAAGCGCCACCAGGGUUUGAAUAGAUUAAAUAACCUUUAACACAGGUUAAUGAUAUUGAAUAAAAGGCUCCUCACCCAGGUUACUUCCAUGCUAUCCUCUCCUAUCCUGUCUUAUCUUAUCCUCUCCUCUUCAGUCCUAUCCUGCUCUAUCCCAUCCUAUCCUGUUUUAUCCCAUCCCGUCCCAUGACCCAAAAAAGCAAACAAGAGUGUCAGCAACAGCAACAUAAUUGACAGCAGGCUGAAGAAACUGUCUUUCUUUACAUCGAGCAGCAAGCUUUCUUCAUAAGUGACACUUAUUUACUCAUUAAAAUAAAGGUUGAUAUUUUAAAAAGUAAAACCUUAUAAUGUAAAAGACGAGAACAGCAGAGGUAUAAUUGUAGAUAUUUUGUCUACAAAGAACACCAAAAUCCUCACAAACCAAAAGUUUCUUAAAGCAGCUUUAAAUAAUCUCACUGUCAACAAUCAAAAGAGCUUUUUUAUCCUUUCUUCUCUCUGUUGUAUCUUCUUCAGUCUUUAUCUUUGUUUCAGUGUGAAUCUACUCUCCUAUAAUAAGAGUUUUCUUCUUAUCCUUUCUGUGGCUGUAAAAAUACAUCUAACAUAAAGGGAAAAAGUAACUGCAGAAAAGUGUGUGCAGAAAAAGUGCAAAUAAGAUAAAAAAACAGACUUUCUGUCUAAAACAGUUGAUUUAUUUUUAAAGUGCUUGUCCAUCAAACUAAAACUCUGUUUAUUUUUAUUUAUAGUGGCAUAAAAGCCGUGUUUUCUCAUGUAAGAACACCGGACAAAGGUGUUUUCAUUUUCUCCACAUUAAGAGGAGGCUGUCUUAUGUCUCACCGUCCUUUUAGCUGCUUGAUGAUAGAUUUUGACAUUUGUACUUGAGAUUUUUCUCCAUAAUGAGCAGACCUGGUAAUAAAUAAAAGAAGCCUCUGAACAAACAUAAACAGAUGUGCUUUCUAGGAAAGGAACAAAGGAACAAAGCGACGAAUGAACAUGAAUCAAAAUCCAAAGGUUAUUUGAAGACAGCAGUGCAGCAGCAAAGCAGAUAAAGAAUAUUCUUCCCAACACAUUUGUAUUUUUGAUAAUAUCUCAUGUGCUCUAACAGAGAGGCUUUGGCUCUUCAAUAGCAAACCACCUCAUCCAGCUAUUGAAGCUGCUUUUUUGUCUCAGGACAUAUAAAAAAAAACAAAAGACAGAAGCAGAAGCGAGUGCCAUCUUUACCUUUGUGUCUGUUAGAGAAACGGAAAAAGUUCAGCAAAUGUCGUGACUGUUAUCUGAGACAGAGAGGUCACACAGUUUAUAUUAAGAGUAAUUGUUCUGUCUUAAUAAUUUGUCUCUUCAGUUUGAGCAUCAGGUCACAACAGCAGACUUCUCGAGCCCUGCUCUUGAAAUGAAAAUCAUUCAAACCACCAAAAACUGCAGCUGAUUCGUACUAUAGAGGUGAAGAAUAACACACCAUAAAAAUCACAACCUGGAGCACUUAAACCUUUGCCUUGGGAUGGGUUUUGAUGGUUAUGUCUGAAUCUCCUGCACUCCAUUGACCCAUUUGUUCAACAAAACCUUUGCGAUCAUAAUGACAUUCACCUCUGACUAAUUAGCGGUGAAUUUGUUCAAUAAAAACAGUGGGGUUAGUAGCCCUCUUGUUGCUUUGGUCCUUUGAAAGUCUCUCUAAAGUCCUCUUUAUUCUGCACCACAUCUGUUGGUGAGCUUGGCAGCUGGUUCUUGUUAAAUUGUAUAUUCAGGGUCCUUGAAUUAAAGCUGAAUGCAUGAAUAAGUAGUGGGUUAACAUGAGCCCCCUGUAGGCUUUUAGAGAAAGAAUUAAUUCACCGUAGCUUGAAGUGUGAGUGUCAGCAUACUAAUGUGAAAAGGUCAUGAGGGAGAUGCAUGGGUUAUGUAAGAUUAUAAUAAUCUCAACAUCUGGUUUUUUAUCAUCCAGUAGUUGCAAAAUGAGCUGUAGAGCAGGUCUUCUUUUUGAUUUAUGAGCCAAACCCAAAGUUCUGAUACAUGGAUACUUUUCAGUUUCACAUGCUCUAAAACGGUGGAGUAGCUGUUGUUGUAAAAUUUAAUGGAAUCAAAACUGCAGAGAAGUUUAUGAAAAGUUAAUCCAUACCCAGAUUUUAGGACAGAAUCAGCUGUGAGCAAAUGGCAAAGAGAGUGCAAAACUUGAUUAACAUAAGGUUCAUCCGUAAAUUUGAUUCCCCUACCAAAUAACCUGGUUAAGUUUCUCCUUAAAGCUCAAAUUAAUCUCUCAGCAAAGGAAGAACCAAUUAAAUUCAUUUCUCCAUGCACCAAAGAACAAACCUCACAUCCAAACCUCAGUUUUGUUUAUGAAAUUGUUCUCUUUGAAAUCUUCUGCAAGGACCGAGUUUGUCACAAAUUUUCUUCAAAAAUGAUGAAAAGCACGUUUUGCUGUUUCGUGGUGCUCAGGGGUUGGUUUUUGUACUUUUCUGAACAUCAUCUUAGUGCUCACAGAAACACAUUUGUGAUCAAGGCUUUCUGCUACAAUUACUAUCCUUGUUGCUGAGUUACCUGAGUUGUGAAAACCUGGAGCAUUCUCAAGUGGAUGCUCUUGAGUGGAUGUUGAUCAGAGUGGUGUGCAGUUAGCAGAUGAGGGCUAAUGUUCACAUGUGUUUGACAACAGCAUUUAGGCUGUGUCCCCAACAGGCUGCCUUUACUAGUGUUUUCUAGUGCUGCACACAGACGUGAAGUGUGCGCAGUACACACUGUUCAAGGACAGAUUGGUGUAUUCAAUUGAAGUAACUACUACUUACUCUGUUUGCUCAAUUCUCAUCUUUUUGUCCUGAAUGUGUUUUUAUUUCACAGCUUUGGGAUUCAGCAUGAUGGCAGUGGUAAUGACUGCGAACCCAUCGGGAAACGGCCGUUCGUCAUGUCUCCACAGCUCCUGUACGGCACCUCUCUGCCCAAGUGGUCACGCUGUAGCCGCCAGUACAUCACCCGCUUUCUCGAGUGAGUGCCACACGUGAUGUACCAACACACAGCUGUCUGACGUUUAUGUUCAAUGUUACUGCUCCCAUAACUUUUUGAAUGUAUGUGUCAAGAGAUCUCCAAGGGCCGCCUUUAAACAUAAUCUGUCCACACACACUAUUCUGUAAAAAACUAGAAGCAAUAAAUUUAAAGAGACAUCAUGCAAAUACUGCUCCCCCGACACAGACCAGGAUUUCUGCUCAUUUCAAGCAACGACUUUAUACCAUUUCUGAAGAUGAAUAUGGUCACCAUGAUGUAUGAUCAUAUAUUUUACACCUUUUUGAGAACACUUUAAAAUGAGGCUUGCCUCUAUAAUUUAUAAAAACACAAUAUGGCCAAACUGAUAAUGCAACAUUAUGCAGUAUAGACUGUAUAUAGAAUGGACAGAGUUUGCCUCCUCACUGGGUGAAGCCACUCUGAGAACAGCACCCUCUGUUGAUGGGCUGCAGUAUAGGUCAUAAAUCCCGCCUCCACCAGCAAAGCUUAUGGGACUGUGGACAAACUUCAGAAAUUUAUUACACAGAACAUAAAUUUUUCUCCCCCCUGCUUGUGAUGUUGACAUGUAGUUAUUGUAAGACUGGUUUGUGCUCAAGUCCUCUUGUUUCUGAACAGCUCCAUUUUUAAAAGUUAUUAGGGGGGUCAUGAUUUCUAUGAUUGACACCUGAUACAGCCUAUGGGCGUUCAGGGACUGCGUCGCUCACCCGGGGGGAUACGCUGUUUGAGCCGAGCGUCAUCACAGGGACUCUCGGCAACUGCGUGGCCAAAUGUGUGCAUCGCUAUUGCGCAGCGCUGGUUUCAGGAAAUGAAGAAAAAUCCCGGAAAUAUCGAGAGCUAUUUGGCUUCAAAUCCGUAUACAGGCGGGAGGCGGAACCAAGUUGUCCAUAUUAUAGACAGUCUAUGUUAUGCACUAAAAGUGCUGUUUAAUCAUAGUUGUAAAUGUUGAUGGUUAUUUAUAGUGCAUCAUACAGUUUUCAUAACUCAUUAUAAUAACUGAAUUUAUAAGGAAUUUAUUGCCUGAAAAGCAUUUACAAUUUUUUUUUGUAAUUUUGAUCUUAUUCUUUUUCACUUUAAGCAGACAGUGAUGACUUAAAGUGACUUACAACUAUCUUGCAGUGGAUUUCUUCAUGCUUAAGGCAUGUAAUGACUACUUACAGUGACUUAUAAUCACAUCAUAAUGCAUCAUAAUAGUGUUAUAGAAUUAUUAUAAUGAAUAACUAGUAUGAAAAUUUUAACCUUUGAAAACACAAUGAGUGUUCAGCAACUAUAUUGUAUCGGCAUCCAACCAUCAUCAUGUUAUGUUUUAAUGAUGUUUGAUAAUAAUAUAUAAUAUGAAUAUUUAUGAAUUCUUAUAACCAUAUCCACACCAUAACAAACAUGGUAAGUAUGUCCAUACAUAUACAUUUCAUUUGCUUCCCUGGAGAACUUUACAAUUGCAUUCAUUUAUGAGACCUUUUUAAGCAACACGGCACCUUUUAAUAUUUCAGCAAAUGUUGUCCUCUACAUGUUUUUAGAGAAUAACUCACCUCUUGAAAAACAGCGUGCUGUAACUGCCUGUUAAACUCUGGCCCUGUAGAAGCACUCACAGGCUUUAACAAACAAUAAGGAAACAAUAAUCUCAAAUAUGAUGGUCUUGUUGGCUGUUUUUGGUCAUAAACAGGCAUCAGUGUGAUUUUCAGCCUGUUUCAUAACCAGUUAAAAAACUCCACCCCAAGAGCUUUAAAGCUUCCUCUCCCUCCGAUCCAAUAAACUGAAGGGAUAGAACGAAUUAUGCAAGAUAAAAUGAGUUCUGCUUGUAAAGUCACACCCGGGUUUAAUUAUUGUUGUUGUUGUUUCAACAGUUUAUGAGACAGCAUUGUUCAAAUUCAACCUGUCUUAAAUUUUUCAUGAUUUCCUGACCUGAGGGCAGAAACACUCAACUAUAAUAUGUAUCACACGUAGUUUCUGCUGUGGAUUCAGACUUUAUAAACAGCUCUAAUCUGCAGUAAACCAUCGUUUGGAGCAGCACUUGCACAGUUUAGAGAUAUUUUUCUACAGCUUGUCAUCAUAACCACUCAAACUCAUCAUACUGUACAGCUUCUGCGCAUUUGUCUCCUUUUACCAUGAUAAAUCAAAGCUGACCUGCUAUCUGAUAAGACUUCUUUCAUUUUUUGGUUUGUUAGUAAUAAGUUCUAAGAUCAUCAUUAUUUAAGCUUGCUGUCUGAUGACCGUGGAGUCUGAAACAUUGGUCAGGCUAUCAUUUAGAGGUUAUAGAGAAAGAAAUAGACUAACAUAAUAAGGGCAUUUUUAAUUUAUUAAUGUAGGAUUUAUUUAUUUUAUAGAGCUAAGGUGGUCUAAAUGCCAUUGUUCUCAUUUACUGUGCUGAUAUUACAGUUUGACAAAAAUAUACGCUGAUACUGUAUGUCUGUAUAUUUGUCUAUAUCUAUCUACAGCAAAGCAUGCGAGCGUCAGUCAUGUAUAUGGUCAGCUGCUGCUGUCAAAGACCGGCUCUGUGAUUCUGGCUUUGACAUGACGAGUGUUAAAUGUCUGAAAUAGUUCACUACAGUUGCCCCAGUUUUCAGCGCCAAGCAUCUGGAAUCCAUUUAGUGGGUGUUCAGCUACUCCGCAGCAUUGUAGCUCCCUGACUUCACGUUAGAGAGAAAAUAAAGGCAGAGGGCGAUAUUAUUUACACUUGUGGGAGUUCGCUUCACAAAGGCUACUGGUUUGUGUGUGCUAGGGAAUGUGUGUAUGUUUGUGUGUGUAUGUUACGGUAAUUAAAAAGGAGACAAGGCUGUGUCAGCAGUUUGUCCACAUUGUAGUAUAUCAGUCUUUAUCUCAGAGUCAGCCUGGCAUCAUUACUCAAGGCCGUACUGUAUGGAGAGUUGGCUCGCUGUAUUGGUAUGACACCUAAAGAGCAGCUGUGGCUUAAACAGAAUUUAGUUAUAAGAUUUUAAUUUGAUUUCUCCGUGAACUGAAAAGCUUGACAGGUGAAACGUUUUACAUUUUGGAAAUAAUACCAUAGUCAUGGGAAGUCUACCUCCAAGCAGCAUAAAAGGCCUGGUCUACAUUUCACGGUGAAGCGUUAAAUAUGAUUCAGAUACCUCACAGUGGACAGAAUGAGGGACAGGGAUGGGAAAACAGAUCAACCUGCUGACAACGGAUGUGAUGGUAGUAGUUUAAAAUGUGCACUUGACUGGAGAAAACUCUUUGUAGUUAUAUCUGUGGCCAGUUUUUGAGAGAAGAAGAUGGUGGAAAAAACACUGAGAAAGAGAGAGGGGAACGACAUGCAGUCAAGGGUCGCAGUUUGAAACCAGUCAUUUCUUGAUUUGAAGUUUGAUAGUUAAAAACCAGCUGGACCUGUCCUACAACGUCCAGGCUCAGGUCAGGUCUUAAGCACUCAUCCCAAAGAGUUGUUCAGAAAGGCUGGAAAACCCAUCCAGGAAUAAUGCAAACAUUUUUAUGUCAGGUAUAAUGAAACUUAAUGGACGUCCAACAUUGUAACAUUAUAUGUCUGUGAAAAAACAUAGAUUUACAUAACAGGGCUGCAAAACUGGGUUACCACAGCUGUUCACUGCUGAAGGUUGUUAGAAGCUCUACUUCUUUUUCAAUUUAACCCCUGAUAUUUAUCUCUUUUUCUCCGUCUUCUUCACAGCAGCUUUUUCCUCCAUUUUCACUGUUUUACAUCUUUCUCUGACUGCGGUACAAAGCUUCCAUUGUAUACGACUUCAGUCCCUCUGGGCUCCGCUGCUCACGCUGUGUCAGAGACUUUUGUCUGUAGGUGUUAUUUUAUGAGGAAUGUAGAAGGUCACCCUCAGCUGGAGUUUAGAUAUUAUCUUAUCGAUGAACCUCUCGUAAACACGGCCACUCUUUGUUGUCCACAGGAGAAUUCCUGAGAGGCCAAAAAGGGCGAGUGGAGAGAAGAUUAUUUGCGUUUUUUUGAAGUUAAUUGAGUUGCUGCAAACAGUCACAGCAUGGAGAUAUCUGAUGCAUAGCAUAGGUUGAUCCCAGCUCGUGUAUUGAUUGUUGAUUUGCUUUGAACUUAAUUGAUUCUGGAAACAGUUAAUUAAAAUCCAUAAACUGUUCCAGGAAAGCCGGCGUCGACAAAGGCGACAGAAGAACCUAAUUUGGCCCCAGAGGUGUUUUUAGUGCAGAGGCACUCAUGGAGAACAUUUUAAUUGCUACUGUUCAGUGGGCGGCGAGAGGUCAUGUUGGAUUAAUGAUUUUGUUGAUAAAUCCAGAACAAAAGCCUGUAAAUCUUUCAAUCUGAUUUGGCAGCCUUCAGUCUAUAGGUUCACACGUGGGAGUAAAACGUCAAGAGGUGACUUAGAGAAAAAAGCAGAACAAAGUCGGUGUAAAAAUAGAAAUGUAAUCAUGUUAAAGGCUCCAACAUAAUAAUCUUAAUUUAUGUUAUUUCAAAAGUAUUUUCUAGUUAAAACCAUUUUAACCUUUAUUACAGAUUUUGGUUUGUACUGUCAGUAAAUGCAUUUUUCAUUUUACAGGAAUUAUCUCUGAUUUACUCUGAUGAGUGCAUCAGAAAAACUUUAUCCAAUCUUUGUUCAAAAAGUCAGAGCCAUAAAAGUAGUUCAUGACUUUUCGCAAAUAUAAAUCAUAAUGUUGUUAAACGGGAUAAUUUGUGACCUCUCGAGUUGACUACAGAACAUUUUGUUUCUGAUAACUGAAACUUCAUUAUGUGUCAAGAAAUGUAGAUAGUUUUUGAUAUUUUUGAGAUAAAUUUGAUUGAAAUUUGACUUCAACAGGAACGCAGUGUUUAUUAACCCUGUAAAUGAUAAACAUCCUGUGCAUGUUAUUUAAAGUUUAGCAUCUGUAAAGCUCAUUGAUUUUAUUGUAUCCUUUUCCUUGUAGGUGUUUAUUUGGUGUGAAUGUUCCCAAUGCAGCAGAGCCAAAAGACUCUGCACUCAACUUUUUCUCUCACAGGUUUUCAGUAGAAAUAAAAAAAUAUAUGUAUAUUUCUUUGAGGCUCUUAAGCUUCAUAUUUUCCCUCUUAGUGAAAGCUUACAUGCUGAAGCUCUCUGCAUAUCUGCCUUCAUACCUAUUUAGGACUCUCAGUGUGAUUUGUGUCACUUCUUCAAAAGGUCUGUCGACAUCUUUCAUUGUGGCACUGCAGAUCGAUAAAGGACAACACUUAGUGGACUGAAUAAAUCAAAACCACAUUUCUGCUUUUAACUUGAGACGUUUGCUUUGUGUCAGCUCAGACAUCUCCAGUUGAGUUAUGCUUGUAAUUGAAAUUCAUAUCACAAAGUUCGUGUUAAUUAAAGGAUCAGAGGCUCAUCACGAUCCCAUCUCAGCUCCCAUUAUAAAGGUCUGAGCGCUGGCUAAUUGACAACAUGAAGGGACUGAAUGAUUAAUCUGUAUGUCAAGAUUUCAUCUUUGUUUAAGAUGACUGCUGUGAUUUAUCAGAGUUAAAAACGUUUGUAAAAAGGAAAUUUUAUCUUUUAAUCUGUUGUUGCCCCGUGCGUGUCUGAGAUAAUCAGACAGCUACUUAAGAAAGAAAUGUUAAACUCUAAAUGUAGAAUUUCUUCACUAUUUUUUCUUUAAGUUGCGAACUUAACUCUCCAAGCUAUAAUCUGUCAGAUUUCUGUUCUUCCGUCACUUUCUGCUCCCACCUGUUCUGUUAGGAAAAUACAUUGGUGUCAAAACUCUAUCUAGGAAAUUUCUCUCUGUGAAAUAAUGAUUACCAUGACUGGCAGACUUAAGUGUAAUUGGGCACAAAUGACAGGAUAUAAUGAGCUCUCACCCAAGAGUUAAAUGCUUCUCUUUUCUGUAUUCCUUCCUCUUAAAGUCGCUCAUAGUCAGGAAAUUACCCACAGCUAAUUUGAGAUUAAGUCCGACCGACUAUACAUGUUCCCAUCAUCAAAAUAAGUGCCUUUGCUCGAUUCAUAGAGCAGAAUGAAUCCCUGCAUCACUAUGAACCAAUUCCCAGGUAAUGCAUGUAAAAGAGGAACUGACAUAAACAUUUAGGUGGUGAUAGAGUUUUUUUUUAAUGCAUGAAUGUGAUUUUUUUUUUUUUAAAGUAAUUGACUCAUUUAGCUUCAGGCUUGUGUCAGUUCUUAUUGGAAAAGAAAAUGAAACUUUCUCUGUCAAAUCACCUCCGAAAUACAUUCAAUCAGCCAACUUUUUCCUGUGCCUUUUAACAAAACACGAUCUCCCCUGCCAAGGGUAUUAAACUUGCAGAAGUAUCACUGCAAUUUAUGAAAAAGGUUAUUACUAAUGCUCUGUUUGGCAAGGUUUGUUUUUAUGCAGAUGUUUGUUCUUGCACAAAGAGAUGACCUUAAAGCUACAACCCCCUCCUUAAUUAGCAUGCCCUUUAAAUACCAAUUGUGUAGCAGAAGCUCAUUGCUUUUAUACAUUUUUUGCUCAUGGUUGUGUUGUUAAUGUUUGUAUUUUUAUUUCCAUAACCCAAGAAACUGCCGGAGAGAAUGUCCCCUAUUCUGUUUAUCUCUGAUGGAUUAUGAACUCAUUUCCAAUAGUCUAGUCAUUUGUCUAAUGCACAUUUAUAUAAAGAAAGCUGCUGAAGUUUAAGAGCCAAGAGAGAUAUGGGAAGAGACGAGUAGAGAGCAGGGAAGACAUGCAGCAUAGAGACCUAAACCUGCCACUGCUGGAUUAUGGUCUUUAUUUAUGAGAUGCAGCCUUUAGUGGCCAAUCUGGCUCCUCUGUAAUAAUAAUUUAGUUAAUUCCAUCUGCUUUGUGUUAAUACUCCUUUGUAAUUACGCUAGCUUGGAAAUGUCGGAUGGAUACACAAAAUAACAGCUCCUGAUAACAGAUUUUCUAUCAUCUGCAUCCUUCAAAUGUAGGUGUAAUCAUGAGUCAUUGAACCUUUUUUUAUAGUUGAAAUUGCAGAGAGGAAAGCUAAAGUAAUUUUCUAGUCAGAAUGUGGCUCUAUGUUAUUAUGUGGAAAAAAAAGAGACUGAUAGGACUCUGAUUUUUCUUCUAUCUCCCCUCACAGCCGCGGCUGGGGCUGGUGUCUGGACGAUGCUCCAGUGAAGGACAAGCUGUCCCUGAACUCGGUGCUCCCUGGGGUUCUGUACAGUGCAGCUCAUCAGUGCCGGCUGCAGUAUGGAUCUGGGUCUGUGCUCUGUGAUGACAUGGAUGUAAGUCUUUCAACACAACAAAGACACAAAAAAUGAUCCAGACAAAGAGAUGCGUGGUGGUACGGUCAGAUUAUAUUCUGUCAUCUUAUUUCUUGCACGUGUCUUCAGAACAGCUUCAUUAUCUUUGACUUGACUUAAAUUGCUCAUCUUCAAACACAAAAUGUUUCUUUUUAGUGGAAUAACUUUCUCCAUUAUUCCCUUUUCCAUCAUGUGGUCAAUACAGCAUAAAAGGUUCAAAGUUCCUAUUAACCUCUAUUGUCCACAGACCAAAUUGGCUGAAACCAUUCGCUGCUUUCAGCCUCAAUAUUCUUCAACAAAGAGCAACAUGGGUGUCACACAGGACAGAAACCUCCCUCAGUGUCUUUCCUUGCCAUCCUUUACAACAAUGAAUCUUAUUCAUAAACUCGCAUCAGUUUAUCAACAUUAGACACAAAGAAGUCCCAAUCAUCAGGUAUCGCUAAACACUUGAAUAAUAUUUAACUCUUGACUAUUUUUGGUUUUGCUUAAAGAUCCAGCUGAAGCUCCUGUUAGGAGUGUUUGUAUAGACAUUCAUGUUUUUGUUUUUUUUAUCAGCUACCAAAGCAAAAACAUUCGAUAAAUUUCAUAUCCUGAACUUUUUAAAUGCUUAAAUGCGAGUCCCCGCACUGCACACGAUAGACUUUCUUUACAUUUUCCACUGCAAAAAAACUACAGUGUGAUCUAUUUGAAAGACACAAGAUGAUAUAUUUUAUCAGAAAUGUUCUUUAUAGGACAAGAUGAUGAAGAGUUUAGAGGUAGUCCUCUGUCCAAAAGACACUAACCCCACGGAAACAAGACAGAUCUCAACUGAUUUUCAGGAUGAUUUCAGCUUUCCUCCUUUUUAUCUCAAGUUAUUUCCCAUCUCUAAACUCUGCAGGAAGAAGUCCUUAUUAAAAUUACAGUAAAGCUCCUUUGAGAAAUUUUUGUUCCUUUCAAUGUUGUCACCCUCCCCUAGAUGAAGCAGUCUUCUCAAUAUCUUUAAUACAAUGAGGUGAUUUUGAAGCUAAUUCAGCUUUUAUUCAUUAAAUGUGUUUAAUCAAAAAGCUCUCGUCCUUUCUGCUAUGUUGUCUGACCUCCCUGAAAGGCGGUACUGUCAACAGUUCACUGCUCUGAAUGGUCGCUCUCAAAGGUUGAGUGAAAAACCAGUCAUCACUGAGGGGAGAGAGAAGCACUGUCAUUUGAAGUCAAGGACAACAAGGCAGAGUUUUAGACAGCCUCUCUGUGAAGCAUUCAGACUAUUGCUCUUGUUUUUUACAUAAAGGGAAAAAAUCUGAGUCAGAAAUACAAACAGGAGCCUGAGAGAGAGAGAGAGAGAGAGAGAGAGAAACACAGAGAGAGAGAGAAGUUCAAACUUCUUAAACUGGCUCAACUUUUGACACUGUUUUUCUUUUAUGGUGAAGUUUGUCCUUUGCUAUGAGUGCUCCCGCUAAUAUAUUUCAAACUUGAUAAGAUCCUCACAAGCCGUUCACUUGAAAGGUUAAAGUUGCUCUGUAUUAUGGCUGAAAGCAGCUUAAAAUGAUUUAUAACCAGUACAGUACGGUACAGCAGGAGCAGACAGAGACCACACACGUGUAUUUUUACACAUGCAGCGCAUUUCCUGAAAUUAAAAGCAUAACGUCCCAUAAACACGGUUUUUAACAGCAUGUGCAGAUUUAUAAGCACCCCACAGGCUCAUAAACCACCAGCCUGAGUUCACAUCACCCUGUUAUAUCCUGAUGAGCUAUCCCAAACAUAACGGCUGCUGUCAUAAUGCAGCGACUUCACAAUACUGAUUUGCUGAGGUCAAGCCGGAAACUGAAGUGUUUACGUAAAGUUCACUGAAAUCUAAAAAAUAUGUUUAAUCUUUGACUAAUUACAAAAAAUGUGGAGUUUGUGUGAAUAUGCAGAGAUUCAUGAAGCUCAGUCUCACUUCUAUUAAACACAAAAGGUGAAUUAAAUCAAUUUAACAUCCAACCUGCAAUCUUCCUGCCUGCCCAGUACGACUAUAACACAGAUGAUAUCUGUUUGAUAUCUGAAAGAUAUUAUUUUCUUAUUGCACAAGAGAGCAGCAGUUUUCAUUUUAACCUUGUGAGGGUAAAAUUGAGGUUUAUUCCCAUUCUGAUCUGCUCCUACAAGUCAACUAAGUUUUGAUAUUUUCUGAAAGCACCAUCUGCACUCCUGAAUAAUAUCACAAUUAUUUCCAGGAAUGCACCUGUAUUUUGUUCCCCACUCUGUGAAAACCUACUAAUUUUUGGCGACUGAGUUGGGGGUAAAUCAGACUGCUUUGUGUGGGAUUGUUUGUGUCGCUCGAUAUUCUGGUAGUUUGGGGAUUUGGGAGUUUCCUUAUUGAUUUAAUUUUUUUUCUUACAUGAGACACAUCGGGGGAGACGGCAGAUAAGUCCAAAUAAAUCUUGGAACAGGGACAGAUCAGCCAGCCAACUGGAAGAUCAGAUUCAGGUUUUUUUAUGAGCAUAACUCAUACGAAGAGGGGUGUUCAGUCACUGUGACCUUUCCAAUUCUUGAGGAAGUUAAUCUCUGCUCUGAGGAUCGAUGCAGUGCAUCUACACAGCCUUUAUCUCUGAAUUUUUAGUCACAAAGUUACACCUUUCUUUUUAGAAAGUAAAUCCAGGUUUAGCGCUGCAAUAGUUUAACUUGAGUUUGGAUUUAGAAGUUUGAAACUGUUUCCAUCUCAAAAGUUGUAUUAAUCUGCAGUGUUUGUGUUUCCAAUUAUCUCCUUUGACAAAUGUCAACAUGAAUGGAAGCUGACGUUCUCAGGAAGGUUGAUCCUUUAUUAGCAGCAAGUUUGACCUUUUGGUUUUAUCUGACUACACACACAUGCACACACAGAUUUUACAUGGAAAUGUAGUUACGCCAGACUGUUGCCUAUAAAACAUCUAGAUAUAGAGAUUGCAUUCUCAGUUUUAAGUUUCACAGUCAGAUGUGCAGACCUCCUUUAGUUUUCAUAUUUACAGUACAGAUGCGGGGUUUGCACCUAUGGUUCUGCUCGAAGCACAGCAGAUUGAAAGAUGAUUAGCCCUUGUUGUAUACUCUUAGCCGAGAGCCCACUGUUUCCUGUCUUCACAGUAAAGAUAAAAACAACAGUCCUCACUGAAUAGCUCUUGCUUCGGUGAAACGUUUUCACAACAAACAAUAGGCUGUCAGAGUCUCUUCAUUAGCGGAGGAGAACUGAAAAGCUUUUGUACCAGGUAACUAUUGAAAUCAUUCAGUCAAGUCAGACUAUACUCAGAGUCAGCCUUGAGAAAAAGUCUGUUGACAGAGGAAAAUGGUUGUUUUAUGAAAGCUGGAUGACCAUAUACAUUCGCGGGCAUGUACAACAGCCUUCUUGUUUUAAUUUAUUAUUAUGAGUUAUUUAACAUUAAUAAAAAGGUGAACAGCAGCGUAUCUCAGCAGGGUUUUUAUUCCAUAUAACGAGAGAUGUUAUGAGUGGUGAAAUGGUUUUUAUUCCUUAAAUGCAAUGCCUCCAAUAAACCUUGAAAAAGUACAUCGAUGCAAGCUUUGUGUCUAAAAUGUAAAAAGGCUGUUUAUGAAGAUGUUUCUGCUCUCCAAGAAUGUCUGCAGCACUCUGUGGUGCACCGUGGGAACAACCUGCCACUCAAAGCUGGAUGGAGCUGUGGAUGGGACCAGCUGUGGAGUGGACAAGGUGAGUCCAGAUCUCACCAUUUUAAAAGAUUAAAGAAAUGAGGGCUGGGACAUGUGUUCGUUUGAGACUGUGAUGUGAACAUGUCCUUUUUUUCAGUGGUGUUUCAGUGGACAGUGUGUAGCAGUUGGAUAUGAGCCUGAGAGCGUGGAUGGAGGCUGGGCAUCGUGGAGCGAGUGGUCGGCCUGCUCCAGGACAUGUGGAGCUGGAGUCCAGAGUGCCCAGAGAGACUGUGAUAACCCUGUGUGAGUAGACUUUGAUUUGAUUUUUGUUCCUGUGUCAUGCAUAUACAAAGAAACCGGAACCUCUGGUCUUGAGAAAUGAAGCUGAUGCGGAAGUGCUAAAAACUGCAGUUCCCAAAGUGGCCACUUGAGGCUGACUGCAACAUCACCGGAAACCAUGUGGGGAAUGAAAUCUUUUGAAAUGCUUUGUUUUUAAGGUUAUUAAAGUUAAAAGAUUAGUAAAUAAGAGGCAUGGCUGACUCGACUGACAGGCAGACACACCGAAGCUGAGAGGCUAAAGGUUCGCCUCUGGUGGGUUGACCAAAAUAAAUUCAAUAUGAAUGAAUUAAGGAAACUUCACUUGCCCAUUUUUCUCCAGAUUUAGCAUGUAGCUUUUUCCCGAUUUUGUUCAUACUGCAAACUAUGAACACAAACUAAAUUGCAAAAUAAAUUGUUUCCAUAGAUGUACUAUAGAAUCAGAAAAAAUGUGUGUAACCCACUGUGGGUUCAACAUCCUUUUACCUUUAGUUUAAAGAAAUUGGAGAAGGACUGUCUUUGUGCUUUAUUUGGGGGAAAGGAGGGACAUAUUUUGUUUUUCUACCUGUUCCUUUUGUGUCUGCAACAUCAGUUUGGAGAAAGAAGUCUUCCUCUCAUUACUCACAGAGAUAAUGACUGGGAGGUGAAAAAUGUGCCUGACAGAGCUGACACAAUACAUCCUCCACUGGGCAAACAGAAGAAGCUUGUGUUAACCCUCAGAGAGGAGCUUCAGUAACAAGAACAACAGAUGGAUACAACAGAAGCAGAAAAAUAUGUUAGUUUUUUAUGUUGGUGCACUUUGUGUAUGAUUUGAGUUUCACUUGUUAAUGUUUUAAGAUGUUAAAAUGAAUGUCAUUCUAUACACAAGUCAAGUUUCACUAAGUAUUUCUCUGGAUUUAAACUUUUUCUGACUAUUUAGUGAGACAUAUAAAUCUCUUGGAGUCAAAUAUGACAGCAGUAAAGGUUGCACACAAAUUCUUGCUAAGAUUUCAGCCAUUUGUGGGAGUGAAAGUAUCACUGAAGUUCGAGAAUAGUGAUCUGUGGGUUACCUGCAACUUAUAAACAACUCUAAACUGACAUCUCUGAAGCAACAGUUCAGGUCAGCAGUGAGACCAGGUCCAAGUCUAAACCUAAACCAUCGCUGCAUUCCCUGAACUCUCCUACAGUCCUGCAUACAGAGGAAAAUACUGUCUUGGAGAGCGACGAAGGUACAAGAUCUGUAACACAGCUCCAUGUCCGAAUGAACAGCUGAGCUUCAGGAACAUUCAGUGCUCUCAUUUCAACAGCCUGCCUUACAAGGGCAAGUUCUACAAGUGGGAGGCAGUCAUCAACCGAGGUGAGCGUGAUGAACAUCUUUCAGCGUUUGAAAGAGUUUUAGCUGACUUAAUAAAAUCAUCUUUUUAUCACACAUUUUUGUUUUUGUUUGGGUGUGUCUUAAAAACCUCCUCCAGUGAGCCCCUGUGAGCUGCACUGUCGCCCUCUCAAUGAAGAUUUCUCAGAAAAGCUGCGGGAUGCCGUUAUUGAUGGAACGCCGUGUUAUGAAGGGAAAAAAAGUAGAGACAUGUGCAUCAACGGCAUCUGUAAGGUAUCAACACUGUCUCUAAUUUCCUAUAUAUUCUCUGAGGAUAAUUGAUCAAUAAUUUAUCUCCUUUGCCAUGGAGGUCACAUGUUUUUUCUUAAUUCCUCCUCUGGGUAAACUAUGUUAACAUUAACCUUAUGAUGUUGAAAAUACACCCACUGCCACUGACUUGCUGUAUUUGCAGAUUAGAUUUGUUAAAGCAGGUCUGGCUGGUCUGUUUCUCCGACUCUCUCUCACUUAUUUUGUCUCUGUUUAAUUUCACUGCCUCACUGCUUUGUUAGUCUGCCGUAUCUUUAGCUGUCUGUCGGUAGUUGACCCUCACCUUGUUUUGUCUGCUGGCGAGCGUUGUGUAAUUGACAUUCUGCACAAAAAUGACUUAUUGAUAGAAAAACACGGCGGCUGUUAUCUUUCUGCUCUGGCCUAUCACCCUGGUCCAAAAUGUCACUCACUGAUACAGACAGUGUUUGGAUUUGGAGUGGACAGCAAACACAGACCUGCGGCCCUGAUUUCAUGACAUUCUGUGACAUUUUAGUCACGCAGUCGUUUUAAUUUCCUCCUAAGCUGCGCUGUUUACUUUUUUUGAAGAAACACUGUAAAAUUUUGGAUGGGGGAAGUUUGUUGUUUUCUCAAUAAAGUGAAAAACAGUGUAUAUUGUCAUGUAGUCACUGUAAGGGUUAUUUUAAUGAAGUCUGUCGUCCCAUUUUUCCCCAUGUGUCUGACAGAGUGUAGGUUGUGACUACGUGAUCGAGUCGAGCGCUGUGGAGGAUCGCUGCGGGGUUUGUCAUGGUAACGGCUCCACCUGUACAACUGUGAGGAGGACAUUUGAGGAGACUGAAGGACUGGGUUUGUUUGCUUUUUACUCGUGCUACCUUUUCACUGGGAGACAUUCUGACAUGUCAAAGGGGGACAAAACAUAAAAGAGUGACUAAUGUCCCAAUUCCAUCAAGGUUUUUCUGUUGCACCCAGAUGUUUCUCUCCCUCUUCUGUUGGUCUGAGCUCCAGGCAACAGAGAGGAAUGAGAGGGAUGCUUGGAAAAAGCAGAAAACAAAACUCAAACAAAAGCAUCGCAAUGUGCAACAAAUUUAAAAGGUUACAACUGGAAGGUUGGCGGUUCAAUUACUGCCCUACCAACAAACAAACAAACCACUGAGGUGAUGAGUCACCUAACUGACUCAGGCUAACUGACCUCAGGUGCAGUCAGAUAAGUGAAUCCCCAGAAAUCACCUCAGGAAGUUUCAAAAUAAACCGGGAAGCAACACAGAUGUAACGGUGUAAAGAAAUGUGUUGCUAAGGAACUUGUGCUGCGAGUACAAAUACUCUUUGUACUCUGUUUUCUCUCUUACAGCAAUGUACUAUCUGUGCUAUUCAAUAGAAAAAAAAACUUUCUGUCAUUGUUACACCAACACCAUAUGACAUUACAUAACAUGUCAGUUGAAUGUUUAUAGACUUCUCGCAGUCCUCUGUUUGGGGAACAAAGUGAGGGACAAUGAGUCACGAUGUUGGAGCUCAGAAAUGAUUAUGAUUGUAAAACAAAGAAGAUUUAAUAAACAGAUGAUUUCCACACUGGGAAUAUGCUUUAUGCCAAGGCCAGAGGAAAUAUUUGUUUUUCAUUAGCUGUUGUCAUGUCCUUAAAAACAGUCCAUUUACUAAACUGCAGACAUCCAUAAAUCAAACACUCUCUUUAAUGUUAAACUUACAAAAUCUCACCAAAAUAUUUUGGACUCAUAAAUUCAAUCACAUCAUCACUCUCAUGUCCGCCCUCAGGCUACGUGGACAUCGGACUGAUCCCAGAGGGAGCCCGGGACAUCCGCAUCGAAGAGAUGGCAGAAGCCGGGAAUUUUUUGGCUUUAAGAAGUGACACCCCAAACAAAUACUUCCUGAACGGUGGUUGGACAAUCCAGUGGAACGGAGAGUACAAAGCAGCAGGGACAGUGUUUACCUAUGAAAGGACAGGACACCUGGAGAACCUGACAUCCCCCGGACCCACCAUGGAGCCGCUGUGGAUUCAGGUAGGGUGAACAGUUCACAGCUGUGUCCUUUUGAUGAUAAUUAAAUAACAAUUGAAUUAAGUUUGUCUGAACUCUCCUCAUACUUUGCAUUGUUCAAAAAUGAUGAAUAUCCAGUAAUCAAGAAAGAAUGAGAGAAAAGUGACAACAUCCGAAGACUAUUUGUUCCAUAUCUGUGUGUUGUAGCUCCUCUUUCAAGAGACCAAUCCAGGAGUGCGGUACGAGUACACCAUCAGUCGAAAUGUCUCAGAGGACAACGAACUCCCUGCUUCAGUUUUCUUCUGGAAAUACGGUUCAUGGACUGAAUGCAGUGUCACCUGUGGAAGAGGUAGGAGAGACCACUUUAAGUUCUGCAAGGGAUGCCUUUAAAGCUGGAUACAUUUUUCAUGUUAAACUUUUAAAGCCUCCUGGAAUCUAUAAAAGUACCAAGAUAUGAAUAUAAGUUUUCCUUUUUUGUUUUAUUGGGUUAUUUUGUCUGCAGAGUUUACUGUUUGGGCUGCCAAAAUGAGUUUAACAAUAAAUAUAAAAAUAACAGAUCCUCUAAAAACAAAUAACAUUAAAGUGAAUACAAACACUAUACUCAGAUUAGAUUUAUAGCUGUUUAUUUGAUAUUGACUCUGAUGACAAGAAUAUAAAUCCAGAGUGAGAAAAAUAGAAUGAAAAUGGAGCAAAAUGAAAGUAAAUGAAAUAAACUCCAGAUCUUUAUUUAAAAAACUGACAUUUCUCAAAAGCACUGUUGAACAAAAUCAGUUUUCUGAGGUUUGAAAGGUCAAACUCACUUUACCUGCUGGAGUUUUUUGAUAGACUUUUUCCCUGCUGCCAGUUAUAUUGGUCGUGCACGAUUGGUGCUGUACCCCUCUGGCCCUGACCUGAAGCCUGUGCUGAAUCAAAAGUUCUUGGACUCAACACUCCAUCAUGUUGCAUCUGUCAAAAGCUUGACUUUUUCAUUCUUACACGGAAAACACUCAACAGGACGCUUUCUAAAAGCCAUGAGGCUCAAAGCUUCCCGUUUUAUUCUGUAUGAAGAUUUAACCUUGCAGGUUCUUUUGAAAAGUUUCAGUGACAGGAAGUCAAUUACAGCUUACACUGUGUGAGGCUGGUAACCUUUCUGGCAUUUUGCUUUGUAUCAAAAUCCUUUAAUUGUUCUGUUUUGUAAGUCAGCCAUAUUUAAAUAAAGAAAAUAGAUCAAAGAUUCUUGUCACGGGGUUGGUGGCGGUCUGAGAUUAAAAACUGAACGUGUUUUUAUUCAGAGAUAUCUUUUAUUUAUGCACGACUUGUAAUCAAGAGAAAAAAAGCAGCACUUUUUCAAUUAUCCCUUCCUUCACAACAAAUCACAUGCCCAUUUCCUCUCUUAUUUUGGAAACUCGACGGUGCACACGAAUACCACAGUUUUAUGAACGUGGUGGAGAGGGACAUGAAAAUGAAUUCCUCAGUGUGUUAUCAUAAGCUGACCUGGAGCGUGAAGGUUUUAAACUUUAACCAGGUGACUGAAUUAUUAGAAAUUGAUCAAACUCAUGUCUUAAACUUUGGCCUGUUUUUGCAGCACAUGCAGCAGAGUUUAAAUUCCACUGGUGAAAUGCUACUUUCUUCAGUUUCAAAUACACAAACUUUUACCUUUUUAUAAAAAAAACAAUUUCCUUAUACUUUUCUCAGGUUACUAAAGUUUAGAGUUUCUUCACAGGACAUAUUUUCCUCUGUAUCUGUAAAGCACCUCAGCGUCCCCCAGGAAUCCUGAGUUUGUUGUCUCUGAUCUGUCAGAGGAGCCUGGAGUUGUGACCUACAUUCAUGCAGUCAGGAUCAGUAAGGAGCUUCACAGUGUGAAUGAAAGAAAAUGAGCCAUAGCGUCUGCUUGAGCUGUAGGAGAGUGUAUAGGAUGUGACGGCUUCUUUUCAUGAGGUUGAACAGUAAACCCAUCUCAGAAAGUGCUGCUGCUUAGGAAAUCACUCCGUAUGGUGCUUUUAAAGGAAUAUAGUUCACUUUAAUGAGAAACACGGCAGCAUAAAUAAAGUAUUCCCAACACUGCAGAGGAGACUUCAGGUUUGUUUAUCCUAAUGAUUUAUCUUCUUUAAUUGGCUGCUGAUGAAAUAUAGUGCAUUUUUUAGUCUAAUUAGUAAGAGCCCUGAGAAAGUCCAGCUCAGGUGGUACAUUUCAGCUAUUUGAUAUUCUCCACAGACAUUGGUAUAAAUUUCAUGUGUGGAGAAAAAAAGGUUUUAUAAACCACCCGAAACAAAGCAGAGCUUAUUAUUCGUCUGGUUUAAACAGGAGACUCAUGAACAAAGUCAUCUAAUUUUACCAUACCCUGUCCAUUUUCUAAUUUUAAGUCAUGCUUUCAAAGAACAUUACGCAUCCUUUCAAAAUAAAAGCAUAAAAAGAUCAAGCACACACACAUGUGCCAGAACAUGUGUGAGGGCAAAAUUUUACAGAACGUGACGUCCAAGAAAACAAGCCGACAUAAAAAGUAAAAACUCUUGUGAAUAAUUCUUUUCUAAACUGAGUUUGACUCACAGCUUGUUUGAAAUUCCUCUCACUCUGUUAAAACUGUCUCCCCUCCAGCUUUGUCUGCUGAGUUUACCGUCCUCCUUACUCCUCCUUCUUUAUCUCUAACAAAGUGUUUUCUCUCCACCUUUUUUCUUUUUCAUAUUAAAGUUUUUUUUAUUUAUUCAGUGUGCCCUUCUCUCACUGUGAUGCUGGGAUUAAAACUCUUGUGUUUGCUGGAGGGGAUUCCUGUGUUAUGGGCUGGUGUUGUUGUGGGUUUUUAAAAUGUCUGUAGCUCAGAGACAGAUGCAGGUUUGGAUGUGGAGCUUGUUACUGUAAAUAAAAGAAGAGAUACUAAAGUGUUUGUUGAAAGAAGCAGCAUUGCUGACGGUGUUGUUAGGGCUUUAUCACCUUUAUUACACAUGACGGCUGAAGAGAGAGACAGGAAACAAGGCGAGUAGAGAGUGAGGGUUGAGUCAUCAGGUAAAUGUGCAACAAGGACUCAAGUCUGUUUACACAGGAGCUUUUGUAACCAUCUGUUUCUUUGUUGGCCUGGUCCAUCUUUUCCUUAAGUGAAAUCUUUUACAGUCUGUUUACAAACAGUCUUCUACGGAGUCCAAAUGUUCCUGUAAAUAAAUUAUGCAGAUGUUUUACUCAGAAAAUCCACGUUCUCACUCAUUCACAUCAAAGAUGAUAUGAUAGUUGUGUUGUUUCUGUCUGUCAGGUUAAGGGUUUUACCUUAAUUUUGACUCGAAAGCAUCUACCAUGGUGCUGCAUCAAAGGAAAGUCAUUUUUUAGAGUGUUAUUGAGCUAUAGCUGCUGUGAGCCUAUGUUAUUAUCAUGGCUCAGAGUGUUUACCAGCUUUUUCUGCCUUUUUUUUGUCCCUCACUGUUUUUUAAUAUCAUCCAGCUGUCAGGUCCAAGCCGCGAUGCCUUUGAAGGUGUAAAUUAGAUAUCUGAUAUGUACCGUGGCCCCAGUGAGAACGGGGCAGAGGGCACUGAGGGGGGAAGGGGGUCUCCUGCUCUGGUGGGUCUGAAUCCCCUCAGGAGGGGAAAGAAAUGAUGGAGGGGGAACAACAGGAGGGAAUGAAUCUGUCACAGAUUUAGGAUUAAAUCUGUUUCUUCCCAACUUUUCCUGAUGUAGAUGGGAAUUUGUUAAACAUUGGUUAGAUUGGAAGUGAUGAUUUGAAUCAGCACUUCAAGCUGUCAAACAUACAGUGAGAAGGAUUUGUUGGACUCAUAACUGUGCAGCUUGGCAUGUUUUCUAUAACGAGACAUGUUUUCAUGUUUCCCAUUUCUGGCUGUCGUUCAGCUUCUAAAUUACACGCUUAGUGCUCUUCAUGUACUGUACCCUAUAUUUAUGACCAUUAUUGCUUAGAUCGAUAUACCUGGCAGCCAGUAUUUUGUGUUUGAGUAUCUUAUUUCUGAUAAAAGUGUUUCUCUCCUCCUGCUAAUGUUCCAGGUGUUCAGAGGCAGAUUGUGCACUGUGUGGAAAAGACAACAGGGAUCGUGGGGGAGCAUUUCUGUGACCCCUCAACCCGACCUGAUGAUAACCAAACCAGCUGCAGCAAGGAGUCAUGUCCGGCCAUGUGAGUCCACCUGACAGACAGGGUUUAAAGGAUCACACCAGCCGUAAUUGUUUUUCUAUCCUCUUAAGGACAAAACAACUGCCCUUGUUGUGUGCAACCCAGCUCAGAGAAAAUAACUGGUGUGAUUGCAUGUUUUUGAUCACAAGGAAGGAGGAAGAAGAAAGGAAGUAAAUUGUAUUUUAGAUUGUUGGUUACAGAGAGCGCCACAAGCUGAGAAAUAAAAGCAAAUAACACAAAUCAAAGUACAGAUGCAACAAAAGGGGAAACAAGAGGUCACAAAAAGGCUUUCUUGCACACAUAAAUUUUGCACAGCGGCUUGAAGCAGCCCAAAGACAACAUACAUGAUUGCCUUUUGUUUUGCAGUUAAAGCAAUGUAUGGAAAGGAAGCCAAGGUUCGAUGAUCUGAAGGGACGCGGAGUGGAAAAUGGAGGGUAAAGUUUAGAAAUGUAGCAGGGGCAAGACCAUAGAGCUCUGCUGGAUCCUCUGAAUUUAACAGUGAAGCAAGAAAAGGGAAGAUACAGGACUGAUGGCUGGUUGGAGUCAAUUACCUAGAGCUGCAUUUGAGCUGAUUGUAACAGGCUGCAUUUGGUGAUAUGAUGGCUGACGGUCAUUUGUAGGUCAUAGAUAAUGUCUUUAAACCAGCACUGGUAUUGAUUUUUAGUUAUAAUGGACAUUGGAAGUUUUUCAGUUCUGUCAGUGUUCAGCUUGAGGAAAUGAAGUGACAACCACUCACAGACAGAAAAAAUACAGUUAUGGAAAGAGGACCGUAGAUGCAAGUUGUUGAUUUUGGCAGGAAAAUAGAACAGUGUACCAUAUGCACGAUAACAAUGAUGAUGAUACAUCAGGGGAUAGGCCAGAAACAGAAAAAAGAAAACAGAGGAUGUCUGUAAAGGUUCUCAGUCAUCUUGGUAAUUCCAGUCUUGGUCCAAAAGGUAUCUGGACUUGGUCAAAGAUCUUUAAGAUGCUUUGCUGCACACUUGACAGGCCUGGUGGUCAAAAUGUGACAAAUUUGCUCCAAGUGACAAAGGGGAGAAUCAUUUAUGUAAACCAAAUAUAGAUAAUUAUGGUCAUGUUAGUCAGAUAGAUUUAAUGAAUGCAGCUUUUGGAUGAGUGUUUGGGAAAAACCACACCAGCUGGUUGAAUCCGUGGAGGAAAAAAGGAGAUAGAGGUUGGAGUGGAAGUCGUUUAAUUAAGCAGAGACCACCUGCACUCAGGUGUGAACAGUUUUCCUGAUGGACCCUCCUGAAUCUUUCUAUUGGAGCUGGGAGCCCAAACAAACCGAGCCGACAGAAAGAGAGGAGCAAGAUGUCAAAAUAGAUGAAAGCGUUAAAAGUGGCCGAGCAUUUCACAGUUGGAAAAAAAAGUCAGACACUCUGCCUAACUUUGCUACCUUAGAGUAAAGCAUUUCUCGAAGCACGUGAGCCGAGGUAAUCAUAAGAAUAUGAGUUGGACUAAAGUGUCCUUGAAGAUAUGAAAUAGCUUUUUUUAUUACUUCAGGUUCUAUUGUGAUGUCUGCACAUGCUUGUUUCUAAUCUGUUUUUGAUUGAGCGUCACGUGGAGCGAGUGGAGAUUCAAGGAGGAGUAACUGAGGACAGAGGAGACAAUUUCCUUUCCACAGGUCUUUAUUUGCACCUUCACUUCUUGAUUGAAAAUUUUCCCCUUAAUUCCCAGAAUUUAGCACAAAUUAUGGUUAUUUCCAGACAUGGCUGACAGGUUGUUUGAACUACUUAUGAUGGAAAGAUUACACUUCAAUGUACAUUUCAUUGCAGGAAAUAGUUUCGGUGACUCAGUUCAGAAUUUCCCUCCAGAAUAAAACGAUUUUCAACAGAUUGGCAGAGCGCUACAAGCAAUAAAGUUCACCAAAAUGCAAAGCUGAGUUGUUAUUCGUCGUUUCUGUAGAUUCUCAUCUUCAAUUUAUUUAGUCAUUUAUUCUUAAUAAUUAAAAAUGAGAGGCUGUUUUUCUUCUUCUCCGUGAACUAUGAAACAAUAGAUUAAUUUAGCUUUUUUCUUUCAUUGUUUACCAUUCCCACACAGAAUUAAAGUACACCUGAACCACCAAAAGGAAGACCUCUAUGCACAAAUCUCAGUAAACAUCUGUAAAUGGCAGGAACUCAAUACACCGUAAUACUUUUUGACACUCAUGAGUAAAUGAUGUACACGUGUUUGUUUUGCCUGUGUUUUGGGUGGGCCUAAAUGAAUAUUUUGCAGCUCACAGUGGGUUUGGAGGGAAACAAAGAGUUGUGUUUAAAGUAGAGAGUUCAGGUUUAGUCAUAAUUUUGUUUUGUCCUUUCUUUGUUUGUUUGUUUUUCAUUUCUACUUUUUGGUUUUGCUUAAAUAGAAGUGUAAAAUGCUUACACCACUUGAUUGUCAAGCGAAACUAAGAAUGACUCAGUGUUUCAACCACACUCUUUAAUCAGUCAGUGAAAAAAAAAGCCAGGAAUGUUUUUGGGCGCAGCGUGAAAUAUCAAAUCUGUUCCCACAAUUUUAAUUUCAAAGUGAAAUUAUUUUUUUUAUUCAUGACUAGAAUCAAAACAAACAUGAUGUGAAUAAAAAAAACCUUUCUAAUGAUACACAGAAAAAGACCAGCUUUGUCUCCAUCACCCUCCUGCAGAAUAAACUCUGUCAUUAUGUCCUCCAGUGACCAUGGUGUUCAUCUCUGAGUGGCUGAAAAUGUGAUCAGGGACUUCAUGUUUCGACAGAAAGAAAUUUCACCUUUUGGUUUGACAACAGCUUUACACCCUGGAAACACAGGGUGUCCUCAGGACAACAAAAUUGCACACACUUAACCUUUACAACACAGACAACAGCUGUCUUUGUGCAGCGGUGAAAUAUUGCUACUUUCCAUCAAAGUAUUUAUUCAUAAGGUUGCAUAUGCUGACGCUUUUUGUGUGUCUGUGUGUAGAUGGUGGUCUGGAGAGUGGCAGAAAUGCUCAGCGAGCUGUGGCAGCUCAGGUCUGACUAAAAGGACAGUACUCUGUAUUCAGUCUGUGAGUGCAGAGGAGCAGGAAGCUCUGCAGCCCAGUGAGUGUAAACACCUCUCCAAACCUCGGGCCCUGUCCUCCUGCAACACUCACAUCCCCUGUCCAGCAGACUGGACCUCUGGCAGCUGGUCAAAGGUGAGUGUGGGGCGAAACUAGAAUCAGUUUUGUUUUGCUGCUCUGAAAGGAAAUGAAAACUGGAAAUUAUUCCUGAUGUCAUCAGGAAGUCCUGAGGGUACUUUGACUUUUCUGAAAAGGGUAUUUCUACAAUUACGAUUGCACAACAAUCAACAUGUUAAGAAAGCAUUUUAAAAACAGGGAGAGGAAAAUCAGACAAGAAUCCUGCACUUAAGCAGAGUACACAAGAAAAGUUUAUAAAAUAUAUGUAAUGUGUGCUUUUAGUGUAUGUAAUGUACUUUUUUCUCAUUUAGGCAGGAUGCAUAGUUACUAAAAUUAUAAAACUAUAUAAUACAGCAGUUAAAAUCUACAAACAUACAGAACAGAAUCAUCAGAGAUCGUGAUUUUUGCACACACCGUGUGUUUCUGUAUCUAAUUAUAAAUGUAGCCGUGCCCCAACUUUACUUCCAGGUUUUCAGCAUCAAUUAGUGAGACGGUCAGUCCAACACUUUGGUCAGAACUAAAGCAGUUAAUGAGAUACAGGAACGUUUUUCUGACACUGAUGUUUAAAGAGGAUGAAGCCCAUAAACUCUGUUGAUCUCCUGACAGGUUGACACUCCUGGUUUUCACAGAAAAGUCUCUGAAGCUGUUGAAAUGAUUUUUUCACAGACUUCCCACCAGAAUAAACUUCUAUAAAUUUAGUGUGGUUGUGGCCUGGUAGUAGAGUAGUCGCAGCUCCUGUAGUCACAUACUGAACCUGAAAUUACUCAGAUAGACCCAGUGAAGAGUAUGUAAAUGGAUAUGACUGGAAUUAACCCAUACUGAUGGUGUCCUUUAACAUCAUUCUCCCACAUCAGUGUGUGAAUGUGGUCUGAAUGAGUAAAUAUGAUAAGUAUUGUACUGAAGUACUUCAAAAGUACUUGGAAUAACUACAAAAGGGCAUUAGGUCAGUCCAUUUGCCAUGUAACUUUUGUAAUUUUUCAGAUUAAACAUCCUUUCAGCUCCAUGAAUUUUAAACAAUAUGCUUUCAUUUCUGGUCAAGUACCUGCGAAAAAACACCCUCCACUCCAGUCAGCCUCUGCUGCUCUUUCAAGUGCUAAAUGGCAAACUGAAGCACUAUAUGCUAAAAUGUUGCACAAUGUAAUUGUUGCUGCUUCAUAAUAGCACGUUUGUCCUGUGUUUGGGACUGUGUUAAGAGGUUGAAAUCUUCUGCAUGUAAUCUUAUGUCAUUUUUUUCUCCUUGGUCAGGAAGCUGUGGUUAUUUCCUGUUUACUCACAUAGACUUGAUGCAGUGAUGUUGAGUAGUUGUAAACUGUUUUCCUGAUAAAAGUCUGAGGAAAAAAGGAAAAAAAAAGAACUUAUUUAGGUUUUCUACCAGAGCAGGAACAUGUUGACACAAGGCAGGAAAAGAAACAGAAAUAAUUGGAAAUAAAAAAACAUCACACCACGCCAUACAAUGUUGUUUUUGAGGGAGCAAAUGAGGAAUUGUGAUAUUUUAUAAAUGUCUUAGAGUUUAAAAUUUUUAAACUACAUUUUAUUUUCCAUGUAACUUUAUUAAACCAGGCUUGUCCCACUGAAAUAGCAAUUGUUUAUUUUUUAGUUAAUUAACUUUUUUGGCCACAAAUGGCUCCGUAAGGCUGAGGCUGUAAAAAACUUAAAGUCCUUUUCCCUAAUGUGUUGUGGAGUACUGACAAGAGGUUAAUGUAACUAAGAGGCCAACAUGCAAUCUUAAAAGCUCACAUUACAGUAGGUAAAUAGGUAGUAGCAUCAUUGCAGAGGGGUAUAAAUACACACAACAUCAGUAAACACCUCUGAACCCAGAAACCUCCUGGUGAUAGUCUUUCAGAAAGACCUGCUCCAUAUUCAGCAGGUCUAGGUAAUCCCACAGCCAUGGGUCUUUAAUGGCACAUGUUGGCCUUUGCUUCUUUUGGAAAAGUCACAUUAGUCUUAUAAAUGAGAGACACCAAGGAGAGCAUAUUUAGACAGUAUCACAACUGUACAGACUUUUUUUUCUUUUGGCUGGUUGUGAAAGGAACAGCUGUAGAGAGAAAAAACGAUGUGGGAAAGAGAGACUUGUAGGACUUGCGCCAAAUGGUUGAGCCAGCAGGAUGGGGACUUUGCCUCUCUGCCUCUCUGUACAGGGCACCUGCUCUACCAGUUGAGCUGGACCAACACCUGGCGUUAACGUCAUGUUUAAGACCUGGACAUGGUCUCUGGUCAUAACCCAGCAGAUUCUGACUGAAAGGGCUGAUCAGACUUCUUCCUUCCUUCUUGUGUUUUCUCUCACAGCUGCAGGGAUUUAGGCAGAAGGAGCUUGGGUGUCCAGACUCACAUUUCAAGCUUUAACUUUAAAAGAAAGACUCGUUUUAACACAUAGCAGCAAACUAAACUUAUUAUGUCGUUUCUUCCACUCAGUGUUCCCUGACCUGUGGAAGUGGGGUCCGUCGCCGUAACGUGACCUGCUCAAGAAACACCGGUGUGGACUGCGACCCCCAGAAGAAGCCACUCGCUGUCACUCCCUGCUUCAUCCAGGACUGUCCGCCUGUAGCAGAUAAUUUCGGCGGCAUUGACUGGUCAGGCAGUGGCUGGUCUAGUAAAGAAGUGCUGAAUGAAAUUAACUCCAUACCUGACUUUAAACCUCCACCCAAAUACAGCACCACCAGAGCCCAGCCCAGAAACCACGAAGACCUUAUCAACCAAGUCGAGGGGGAUUUUCACUACCACAACAACAUCGAAAAUAUUGAUCAAUCUGUGGAAAACAGCGUCCAAGUUGAUGAUUUUUAUUAUGAUUAUAACUUUAUCAACUUCCAUGAAGAUCUGUCGGAUGAAUCUGAGGGUGGAGGGAAAGAUUCAGAGGACACCAAGGGGAUGGAUGCGCCACAGGACACUACACCAACACAAGUUGUAAGAGAAAACCUUCACAUGGAAACGACACAAGCUCCCACGGCUUCUUCAGACCCUUUUACAAUUUCAGAGGCCCACACUGUGAAAAGUGAAGAGCCACAGAGCACAAAACCAGACGGUAUGAAGGAUUAUGGAGGUGUAGCAGUAAAAGAGUCUGUACAAACAGAGUCUGAAGACUUGGAUGACUUCCUUUCUGAGGAUUUUCUUCUGCCUGUGUCAACCACUCGCUCACCUCCUCUAGCUCCAACACAGCGCUCACAAACACAGACACCAAAAGAAAGUCAUGACUUUGUGCUACGGCUUGAGAACACCAGCACAAUGCCUAGUCCGGUUUUCCCUGAAAAAGAGCCCACACAGGAUGUGAAACAAGGGCAGCGUGAGAAGGAGGAGGAGGAGGAGGAGGAGGAGGCUGGAAAUAACUAUGACAAUUUCUCUGAGGAGGAAAACCCCAUUCAGGAGGUCACUGUGACUCCAAAUCAUGCUGCUUCACAUCCUACCACGAUUGAUACUGCUGCUGCUGCUGCUACAACAUUGGGUCCUUAUGAUGAUUAUGAGUAUAGCUACAAUGAAGAAAGCACAAUAGGUCCAGAUACUUCUGCAGGAGAAGUAGAUACAGAGAGUCAAGGACUACUCGGCUCUCCCACUACAGAGACUGUGUUUCAGUUUGCAACUGAAUUUCAACUGGAUGAGAUUGCUUCCAGUAUACCUCAAACAACCACUAAAUCAUCAAUAUUUCCACCUGCUUUUGUACUGGAGGACUUGGACUCGGAUCAGGCUAAUCUUGGAACAGUUUAUACCACUAGUCAUUAUUCAUGGGAUGCUGAUCUUGACCUCAAAACAACCUCACUUCCUGCCUCUGAGGCAUUUACUCCUCUCCACAUUCCUUCUCUGCUAACCUCAGGUAACCAAAGGGCCUCUGACGACUCCACAUCAAUAACUGGAUCAAAACUCAUACCUCCUCUAAACUUGGAAGAAGGUGCUCAUCCUCCUCCGGCUGAUUUCCAGCCAGCUGGGAUGAAACAGACACCAACACAACCUGCCUCCACUGAAAGAACUGGAACAGAUUCUUCAUUUAAUUUUGACUACAAUGAAAUAAUCAUUCCCGGGAUGAGGAGCAGCAGCAGCAGUGAUCAAGCUCAUUUACACCAGCUAACAACACACACAGUAACUAUUCCUCAGCAAAGCACAACACCAGUACAAGAAGAAGAAUCACCAACACCUGCUGUUCCCACCGUGCCAGCUCACCGAGGAGAUUCUUGGCCAACUCCAGAGCCGACAUCCGCCCCAACUUCUGCCUCCACACAUGUCAAGGCCCCUGCUUUCUGGAUUGCAGGCAACUGGAGCGCUGUGAGUCUGCAUUUUUACACACAAUCUGGAUUUUUACUCACCCUGUCAGGAAAAAACAAAGCUGUGUUCCUAUUUUUUUAACUAAAUCCUUCGAAGAAACUCUUUGACCUGAAGCUAAUUGAACAAACGCUCAUGCAUCCUUUUGCAGAUUUAGUACACUGUUGUUCCGUCUCUGACUCUGACUGUGUUACAUUUAUUCGCAUAGUUUAAAAUGAUUGAACCCUGACAUUACUCAGGAUAUCAUGAUGUGGGCAUGUUGUAGUAAUAAAACAUCCGAUCCUUUUUCCACUAAGUGCUGGUCAUGUUCUCAUGUGUUGCAACAUCUCUGGGCAGUGCUCCACCACUUGUGGUCUGGGUGCCAUCUGGAGGACUCUGGCCUGCAGUACUGGCUCAAACUCUGACUGUGAUCCCGCCAAGAGGCCAGCACCAGCCCAGAGGUGCUACCUCCGCCCCUGCUCUAUGUGGAAAGUUGAUGAAUGGACUAAGGUGAGACGACUCCACACAUAAAGGGAUAUUCCAGCGUAAAAUUAGUUUAAAGUCAAACACACCGUAACACCGAGUUAGACACCCCGUUGAGUGAUGAAUGUUGCCAACUGCUUGUUUCUCUAGUUAUACCAACUUAAGUAACGACCGCAGGAUAGCAAUACACAGCGGUCUCAGGAGCCACACACAAACCUCUACCAAAACGCCACUCUAUAGCCACAAAUAAUGCUCAGAACAGCACCUAACUUCAUCAUCAACAGUACAUAUAGGGUCCCAGCCAUAGUACUAGCCAUCAAACAUCUUUUUAACUUUGCCUAAUUUCUUUAGCAAAGAGACUAAACACAACUCACCGUAUCUCUUCCAGCAGCUGCUUGUUUGUAGCGAGACCUCGACUUGUCCAUUGUUGACUGAGGUGGGGUGACGCAGCUCAAGGAAGAACAUUUAUGAUCAUUUCUUCAUGGAAAUGCAUUUAGACGGAGACGCCAAGGCAGAAGAACUACCGCGUCGGCAGUGCAAAAUGAUUAAUAUGAUGAUUAUUACUUCAAGGAAAUGAUAAAAAAAUGUAGAACCAGUACUCAGGGGUCCAGGUUUUCAAGAUGAAAAGGAUUCUGGUUUCUGUUUGUGAAAGUAGUGUUAGAUAUCAGGAGACUUUGGUGCAUGCAGGAAAAACUGUUGAUGUGGAGAGCAAAAGCAAACAGAACACACACCAUCGUCAGAACAUGCCAGCUUUUAUUUCUGCUUAUCAACUGUUUAUUUCUCUUGAAUUGAUACCUUUUUGCAUGGGCAGCUGACAAAUUAUUCCACAUCAAAAAUUCAACCAAUCUGCCCAAAUCUGUGCUGUACAAGCCAAUCAGCGUUUGCAUCCCGACUACUCGUAAUAAAUCAGACAAAAGAAAGUUUUCAUUUAUGUUUGCAUGAUUACUUCUUACACAUCUUAAUCAUUGUUUUCCUAGCUAACUGAAGACCUCCCACUGUAAGUGAUUAAGAGAUCUGUGUCUUUCUCAGGCUCAAACUGCCAAAGUAAGCUUCUUUGUGAUGUACUUCCUGCUGUGUGCUUCUUGUAACAAAUAAGAAGGUGCUACAUCCAGAGGGGAUGUGCUGGGCUUUUACUCUGCUGCACAGACAAAAAAAAAGUAUUGGCUGAGUGUCAAACACGACCCUGAAAUUACUGAAAGGUUGUUACUAUUCCCAGAGGCAUAUGUCAGAUAUCAGACGAUGAUUGGUGAUGGGUUCUGAAAUUGAGUCUGACUUAUCUGUCCAGCUUGUAAAAUGACUGACAUGAAUUCAUGUUGUACAUUCCUGGUGUGCAUAUAGAUCGUCAAAUUUUAUGACCCUCGACUUUGGACUAGCUCUGCCGGCACUGCCAGACUUUUUUACUGGGGUGGCCAGACCUGGACAAAUAACGAACUUAGUCUAUGGGGGUUAAUCCUAGAAGGGUCUUUUCCACUCACCGCAUGCACUUAAAUAAUUAAUACAAAGGAACUCAAAAAUUAAUGUUCUUUAUCUUUGACUUUAAAAUGUAACCUAACAGAGCGGCAACAUGUAAAACUGUGGAACUUGAUUUUAAGAAGACAUUUAUCCAGAGUCACUAUUAACAGAGUAAAUACCCACUCGUGGUUCAGGGUUUCAGGGUGGCCCCCUGGGGUGGCUGGUCAUAUUUCAAGGGUGGCCCCCUCCUGGUUCUGCCACUGCAUGAGAUUAACAUUCCUGUUUCUAAUUGAAUUUUUGUGGGACAUUCAUUUUUCUUUUACAGUGUAGUUUAAAUAACUUUUAGUCAGCGUAGCUUUUACGCUCUUCCCUUCAAUUAGGUCAAAAGCUCAGCUCCUUCAGAAAUCUGCAAAAUUUGACAAUCCUGUAAACUUAAAAAAAGUAACUGGUGUCUACAGCUGAUAAGCAAAUUGUACCAUGACAACAAAGUAAAGUGAGACUGUGAAUAUGAUCAGGAUUCAUCUACACAUUCAACACUAUAUGCUCCUUUCUGGUUACCCAGUUUCACAAAGACACUAAAGAGGCUGCAGGUUGUUUUAGCUCUACUAAUGAGACACUUUUAAUUAUAUAAUCUUUCAACAGUGAGAGCAAAAAGGGUAAACUGUCUUGAAAAAUCAAGCUGGUUAAAUAAAGACAAGUGCUUUUGCCAUGAAAAUUACUCUGAUGGAUUUUCAUGCCAUAAAUAUUUACAGCUAUUUGUCAUCCUGCUCAUAGUUUAUCCAGAUGUAAUUGUAGAAAAGCAUCCUGAGCUGCUGUUUGAUCUUGACACUGUUUUGUUUCUCAUCCAGCCCCUCCGCUUUAGUUUAUAACAGUGAGCUUUCCAGGAGGAAUGCUGAAACACAUAAAAGCCACAUAGCGACCCCUGUCACUGAACGACAGAAGGCGGUUUUGCUGUUUGAAAAUAAAAGACAAAGCGCUUUUCAUCUAUUUUCAGUGCUCCAAGAACUGUGGCAGCGGCUUUCAAUCCCGAGAGGUCCAGUGUUUUGACAUGAGGGAUCAGAGACCGCUACGACCCUUCCACUGCAGGGCCAUGUCCUCCAGACCUCAGACCCACAUGCCCUGUAACCUCCAACCCUGCCUGGACUGGUACGCCUCCUCCUGGGGUGAGGUGAGUAACGCUGAGUAACGGCUAUAUUAGCCGUCAGGAACCUUCUGUCUGCUCUUCUCUCACUAAAAACACAUUAAUACCUGUCAGUAAAUGUAAGGUAGCAGAAAUGAACUGCAGGCUUUCAGGGAGUUCAAUCUUCCGCUGUGGAAUGAACAAGCGAGGCACCAGCCUUCAACUCCGUCAAGGCUGCGUGUACGUAAACAAACAUAUUUGUACACUCCCCAUUGUGAUUGUGUGUAUUCUUCAGUGCUCUGAGGUGUGUGGGGGAGGUGUCCAGCAGAGAAUAGUUGCGUGUCCCGAAGAGGAUCGAUGUGACAGGGAGCUUCAGCCCAGCAACAGCCAAUCAUGCAACACCCAGCCCUGUGCUCAGUGGCUCACUGGAUCAUGGGGACAGGUACGACACAUAUACACACACACACAUACACUCAGAACAGUUAUAUCCAGAGACCACUCACCCAGCAUGAUGGAUGACUCAUCGAACAUUGUUAGUAAAGGAUGAAUGGAUCACUGGCUGUAGAUGUGGUUUUAUUGCAAAGUAUCAAUGAGUUAUUCAUAUUUAAGUCCGAUGAAAGAAGGAGCAGCAGCAGCAGCAACACACUUGAUGCACGCUGGAGAGCACAGCAUUGUGAUGAUCGUUGCAUUAUUUAUCAAGUACCCUAUAUAUUUGAUGUGGAGGCUGAUGGAGAAGAGGAGGAUGUAGAGACCGGUGAAAGGACACAGGGGUGACGCGUGACACAAAAAUUUAUAAAAGGAUUAAAAAUAGAGAGUAAAACUGUAAACAUUGUUUCUCACCAAUAUAAUAUAUUAUAAUAUAAUAUAAUAUAUAAUAUAUUAUUCCCCUUCAGAGUUAAUAUUAACCUCUGUAAUAGACAGUAAAGGAUGAUGACACUGGAAUCUCUUUAAUUUUAAGCUAAAAUUUCCUCAGGUAGAAUCACUUGAUAUAUCUGUGGCUGGUACAUUUUGAAUUAUAACUGAGGUCUGUGUACGGGCCAAAAGCUGCAGACACAAACCUCAGAAUGAUAUGAUCCAUAAAGGAUAUUAGGAGACUUAUCCUAACUUCAAUGCCUCCUGAUGUUUCAUACAUGACUGCUGUCCACAAAGAAGAGACAGACUAAUUGUUCAAUUCCCUGAACCGCAGCAGCUGUGUCGAAACAUAUUCUCUGGAGUCGUUCAUCAGCACUCAAGCCAUCAGAAUCAAUUUUUGCCUCCACAGAUCCUCCUCUGUAAAAUCAGAGCUAAAGAUAAAGCUGUUUAGUUCAAGAAGACACUUGACAUGAGAUGUUAAUCUGUAACUAAAGAGCUUAUGAAGGAAAACGUCACAUUAAACAUUUCCACAAAUUUUCCAAACUCUCUCUCUCUGCAGUGUUCGGCUUCCUGCGGCGGCGGAGUUCAGCGUCGGCUCAUCCAGUGUGUCGACACAAAGGGUGAGACGAACAAGGAGGUGGGUCAAGCUGAGUGUGACCAUGAACCGCAGCCUGAGAGCACCCAAAAGUGUAACUUGGAGGAGUGUGAGAGUGCCCCCUCUGGUGAGUAACUCCAGAUUUAAACCCUAACCCUGACCCCUAAAGUUCACUGAAGCGCUGUACUGAAGUUAAAAGUUUGUACUUGAUAUGCUACUUCAUCCUCCUAAAUCCUUAAACUGGAUUACAUGAUGUACUUUGUAGUCUAAUCCAUUUAUCUAAUCAAUUAAUCUGUCAAUCUGUAGUGAUGAAGCACCAAUCUAUGACAGUUUUUAUCUCAAGACGCUUCACUAAAAGAGUCAGUCUUGACAGAUUGAUCAGUCUUGAGUGCACUCAGAGUUAAAAUUAUUAACAAAGACCAAACCUUAAAAUCAAGAUACAUUUUUGUUGUUUUUUUUAUCUGAAUCCACCACGAUUAAAGCACUCAGCAGAACUUCCAUUAAAUGGCAGAAAACUCAUGCUGAUCACCUGCUGUGAUUGGAAAGAGAGAUAGAGGGAGGUCCAAAAAGAGAGAUGGAUAAAUGAUCAAUUUGAAGCUAAGAAAUAAAGAAGUGGUACUGUUUUUAUUAUUUGUUUGUUAUGGCGACGUCUUACCAGCAGAUUUGAAUAAUCUUUAAAAUUUCUAGCUGUAGUAGUGCUGACAUUUACACAUAAAUGCAUCUGAGUCAUGAAAUACAAAGUGCCCCAUCUCUCCCAUUUAAAAAAAAAAAAAAGGUACUUCAGGAACUUCAGAAUAAAAUGUUUUUGUGUUUUUUAACUGUGAAAACAGACUGAGGAGUCCAGUUGUAUUUUGUGGAUGCUAUUGCAGCUCAGUCUCUCCUCCCUGCUGUCACUUCAGCUCCUGAUCUAUGGGUCACUUACUGAAAAAGUAGCUCAAGCGUGAUACUCACAUAGCCUUGAAACUGACCUUUAACUACAAAGCACACCCCAAUAAAUACUCCUGGACUAGUUUAACUGAAAAUGUUAUUUUUAGGGCGAGUGACUCAAAGAUUGAUUCACCUUAAAUUAUGAAUCUGUGGGAGCUUUGGGAAUAUUUGCACCUGAAAGUACUCACUUAAAUCUGAUGACAUGUGGUGAUAAUGAUCACAAAAGUGUGUAAAACCUCUUGUGUGUGUAAAUGGGGAACAUAUUUUGAUUGCUUGCAUUUUUACACGACAAGAAAAGGCUCAUGGUAAUAGCUGUGCUUCAUUCAACAUGCAGGUUUUCCAUCUUAUCGUUCAUAUUUACUAAACACCCGGUAAUUUCCAUGUAUUUCCACUGAAGUGUGUCAAAGGAAAAAUCAUGUCAGGUAAUAAUCACACAGGACUCUGAAUACAGGGCGCCUGAAAAUCCAAUCAGCAUUGGCGGAAAGGUUUGACCUUAAAGCACUGAGCCAUGGGUGCCGUUUCUACUUCUGCUGAUAUUUGUCCGAGUCAGGCCUAAUAAUCACGGUUGUGCUGAUUGGACGGUGUUUGUUUACCUCAUCAAUAGAGAUAUUGAGUUAAAUGUCAAAGAGAGAAAUUGCUUGCGUCUGGGAUUUUUGAGGAAUCCUUCAAAUAUUGAACCAAAUCAGCUCCAGGAGCACAUAUAACAUACUGAAUGUACAAAUAUGCCACUGGAAAAACAGUCCCACUUUUCUGUGAGCAGUUUCCCUUCAAACAGGCAGAAAAAAACUCUGCAUUUGCUGUCCUGUCAUAGACAAGCAAAAAGCACAGGAAACAGUCUUUUAAACAGUCAGUGUUGUCAUCUAUCAAUCAUCCAUGUCAUGUUUUUCAACCUCUGCAGCUGCACAGCCAGCCAGCACAAGAACGUUUUAUUUUCUCCCUGUGUGAGGAUUUCAGCUACUGCUUCAAAAAUGCUGUGGAGAUAUUAUAUUUAUCCUUAUUUCACCUCUAAAAUAAAUAUAUAAUCAUGUUUGUAUUUUUGGUGACUCAAAAUGGUUAAAUUCAGCUCCAACUACAUCAUAUGACAGCACAUCCACUUACCUUUAACAGGUCAAGUUAUAAAACAUUAAAACAAGGGUUCAGUAAAAAGUACUUCAACCUGCCUUCUCAUCCUGCUUCUUUUUAAUCCACUUUGAAACCCGCCUCAACCACAGCUUCUCCUCUUUAUGCUGGACCUGAUUUUACCAGUGACACCUGUAUUGUCACUGCUGCUUUCUCGUUCUUACUUAAAGGGUCCCUGCUGCUGAUCUCUUCUCCUAAAGAUGCCUAUUUUCAUUGAUGCUUUACCUUAUCUGUACUGAAGGGAUCUUUGCACAUGCUCUCCCUGCCUUGGCUUUUUAUGAAUGCAUAGAAACAGCAGGGUGAUGUGCACUCCUCAGGCCUCAGUCUUUGGUGUACUGGCUUUUCAUUUACAGUGUACAUAUAGAAAGGCAGGGAAUUCCUAGAACAGAGCCAUGCUGCCAUCUCUUAUGAUCAAAUACCAUAUAUUUCUGUCAGGCCUUCCUAUUUUUAAUCAUGACAGGUUUUUAUCUUUUUGAAGUCGUGAAAAAAAUCUUCUUUAUGGGACACAUCUGACAUCCUUCACAGCAUCAGCUCUCUCUCUCUCUCUGGGAACCCUUGUCUCCCUCUAAUGAUGCCUCAUCAGAUAACCAGCAGAAGAGCUGGGAAGAGCAGCCACAAAGAUGCUCUUUGUUGGACAUGCACAAAAGAAGAACGGCUACUUUUUAAACUCUGAUAGAAUUGUUAAAUACUUCUGUCGUCAAAGAAACUAGUCACAGCAGGAAAAUAUGAAGGGAGGCACUUUUUCCGUCGUUUAACAUAGCUCUGCCUAUUGCUUUUGAUUGAGUUGGAUUCUGCCAAACUGUAUCAAGAAUAUUUGUACCAUGUGUAUGUUUUUGAUGUUACAACCUUAUAGCAGCUUUUUUGUUUGUUGUUUCAUGCAUCAGUACUCUCUAGCAUUCAACAUAUUCAGGGCUUAUUUGACCUCGAAUUCAAUCUAAAAGACAGACAUUGCUCAGUAUGGCAGCUCUGUUCCAGCUGUGUGUGCCCUCUGUAAGUACUGUAAAUGGCGUUAUUCUUUUCCUGAUACAGACCACAGCGGUUCAGUGGCAUUUCUGUUUUAUAUCAGAUAUGAAAUCGGGUGUACUUCAGAGGGCAGCCUGUUAGACUGAACGCCGGCUUUGCUGACAUUUUGAUGGCAUUGAGGCAUGAAAGUGUUAUGAUAAAUAUUUGAAGCGUAUGACAAUGUGGCAGCACACAGCUGGGCGUGUAAGCUCUCUGUGUGACCCUCCAUCUUACUUAGGUAUUAGUUUUGAGGGAAGUGUUCCUGGGUAUCAAGGACAUCCUAAGAAGAAAAAGGCAAAGACAGCAGUGAUUUAUUCAGGUUUCAACAUUGAACAUAUUAUAUUCCAUGGACAAAUGUCUAUGAAAUAAUGAAAUAAAUUCAUUUUAGUACGACUUUUGAACAAAUCCUAUUCAUUAAGAUGACAAAGUAGUUAACAGUCUGAAUCUGAGAGGCUAAUUUUACCCAAACAGACAUUCAAUGUUCAGCUCUUCAACAGUUUCUUCGUACUCUUCUCCCUCUUCAGCAGCUCUGCAGCUUUAAGCUUUCAGUAUUCAGCAUUUUCACGUAUUUUCUGCAACGAAAUUUGAUUUUUAAUGAAAAUCAGGCUGUUAGCGUUUCCCAUUAUGCUACUGAUAAAUGACCAGCACUGAAAACACCAUGGGUGAUAAAACACAAACAACAGACGGUGACAUUUAUAAAAACCAAAGAAACAUAAUAAAAUACUAGUUUAAAUACAAAUGAGAAGCCCUGCAUUGAAACAGCAGAAAAAAAACUGUGCGAUAUUGCCACCUUCAGUUUCGAGUUAGUUCCUCAGCUCGAAGGUCGACCCUUGCAUUGUUUAUUUAGAGAAAACCUUCAGCUGUCUCUUCCUCUUCAUGUCAAUGCUUCUCUGUCUUUUCAAAAUAUGGACAAUUUCUCAAAAUGCAAUGUAUCUAUGUCUUGCUGCCUCUUGUUUACACAAAGACAGAGGACCUUGAGGACAGCAGUAUAAAGAAUUGAACUUGCAGUAUGUACAAAGCUGUUGGUAGCCAACAAUGAGAUAUUCAAGGAGAACAACAUGAAGGUUGUGAGGGUCAUAUAAAAACAAUAAGGUUUGAGCACACAAUCACAUUAGCACCACCAUCAGGUGUCUGCACGUGCACGAACAACCUGACCAGUCCGCAGCUACUGCAGACACAAGAAACUGCGAUGCACUCGUAUGAACUUUGUCAGUGUUUUGAGCUCCAAUAGCUCUUCAGUUAAAUCAGACCACAAGAGCCAGUCUUUGCCCCCCCAAUACACAUGAAUAAGCCUUGGCUGCCUAUGACCCUGUUGCCACUAAACCACUUUCUAUACUUGAGCCACUUCGGUGCUUCAGUGAGUGCUGAUUACUGCAGACCUUUAGAUACUCUUAAAAGCUGUGGUCUUGGAGAUGCUCUGACUGAGCCGCCUUGCUGUCACAAUUUGUCCUUUUUCCAGCUUUGAGGAAAAAAUGUUUGCUUGCUACUCGACUCCUCCCACUCACUGACAGGUACCACCGUCACUUCACCAGCUAGAGGCCAUAAUGUUACAGUUGAUACUGAACUGGCCACCUUAAGGAAACAUAAGGCAGCUAUUUGACUGCUGACACACAUAAUUUAAAAAGGAUAAAACAAGAAGUACUUGUUUGAAAUAUUAUGCACCUAGUUUCAACCUGUAUGCCAGUCAGGCCUGUUAAAUCAGUAGAAAUAUACGCAUACUCUACAUGUAUUAAUAAGUGCUUUCAAAUCUCAGUCUAUGAGAGGAGCGAGGAGUGAAUUAUUGAUGCAGAUGGGAAACAUCUAAUAAAAAUGGUACAUUAGAUUUACAGAGAUGAAGCAGAAGUUGAUUUUAUCAUCAUGGGGAUGGAGAAUAUUUCACCUCACAUUAAUAAGUCAGUCAUGUUUCAUUUCAUCAACGCUCAGGAAACUAUAAAACAGCAGGUUAAAACUGAACCCUUUGUUACAAGACUCCACCAUGAGGAAGCACCCGUCAACAUGUAUGUCCUACCAUGUGUCUGAGCACUGUCCCCCACUGAGAUAUAUUGAUCAACACUUCACAACUAAUCAAUAGCUGUAAAUAUACGUCCUUUAUUCUGUGUCUUCAUGCUUUCCCUUGAGCCUCCGGAGGUUAAACCUUCUCUGGUUAUCAGCGCACAAAAAGCCAUGAAAGUCAUGUAUUGACACGUGUCAUGUGGAUCAAACACGUGUGCCACUGUGUGAGGCGGGGCAAUUUCAAUUUUAUUAUAACUGUGGGUCAUUAACAUCCCACAGACUCACCCUGUUGGUUAUCAGCAAGAGGAUAAUAUGAGGUUAGUGUGGGUUCAUCUUUCACAUGGACAGUGCAUGAGCUGCUUCGGAUAGGGGUUCAUUUGUUAAAAAAAUAAAGAAACUGGAUCACCUCAUCAGUAAGUGAUGUUUCUCCUUUCAGGGUCGUUAAUGAAGCUGUUUUGUAGAAAGCUCCAAUGAAAUCCUGCUUUUUGAGCAGAAUUGAUUGAGGGAACACUAAAUGCUAUAAGUGUGCUUUGUAAGAAUAAGAAUUACUUUAUUGAUCCCCAAAGAGAAAUUCAAUUGUCUGUAGUCUCAUUUGUCAUGUCUCAAACGUCAUCUACUAUUUACUUUUUACAAGAGUUGUAAAGCCUGAUGGCUGUUGGUACAAAAGACUGUGUGAAUCUUUCUGUCCUGCAGCGAAGAGAGAGGAGCCGUCCACCACCAUUGGCCCUUUGGUCCAUCAAGGUGUUGUGAAGUGGGUGAUCCAUGUUAUUUAGAAUAUUCUCCACCUUCCUCAGUGUAGAUCUCUCCACCACAUCCUCCACUGAGUCCAGCUUGAAUCCAACCACAGAGCCAGCCUUUUUCACCAGUUUGUUAAGACAUCUUGCAGCUUUGUGUUUGAUGCUUCCUCCCCAGCAGACUGCAGCGUAGAACAGCACACUUGCCACCACAGACUGAUAAAAUAUCUGCAGCAUCUUACUACAGAUGUCUAUAGAUCGGAGUCUUCUCAGGCAAAAGAGGCGGCUCUGCCCCUUUCUGUAGAUGAAGUGUAUAUUCUUAGACCAGUCCAACUUUUUAUUCAGAUGUACACCUAGAUAUUUAUGAUGUCACCACUUCAACACUUGUGGAGACCAUCCUAAGAAUUUGAUCCAUCUUUUCCAUAUAUUUUGGUAUUUAAUUGAAUGAUACACAUCUUACCAAAAACAUGAGAUGUCCAAAAAACUGUCCUGAUUUUGGCUAAAAGGGAAAAAAGAUUUUAAAAAAGCAGGGACUAAAAUUCAUCUUUAGCUACUACUGUCAAAGGAUUGAUUCUUUGGUGGUAAUUAAUUGCGAAACUUUAAGAGUUAACUGUGACCAACUUUUACUGUAAUCCCGUGUUCAGAAUUCCACUAUUUUACAUGAAAUACAAAAUAAUGUAAACUGCAUUAUCAACAGAUUUAAAGACAUUAUGUGCAGCAUAAAUUAUUGUCUCGGUUUUGGGAAUCAAAUGAAUGCAAUAACAUAUAUUUAAUGAUCUUGACGUUUAGAUUUUUUGUCCAGAAAAUUCUGCACUGCUAUACCAUUGUGGUGUAAAACCAUGAGAUAAAGGUUUUAAGAUCUUUAAAGCUCUCAAAGGAUACUAUCAUUACGCAGUAAAUAUUCCGCAGGUAUGUAUGUAGAAAAUGUCCAACCAGUUUCAGACUCUUCCCGGCUUGCAGUUAACUUCUUUAAUGUAGUUUCAUCUUCAGAUUUUUGGAGGUCCUGUCUGAUGAUCUGCAACUGUAUGCCUAGCUCAUAUCUAGUUGCUCAAACUCCAAACUCCAACAACUUUGAUCUUAUUUUGACACAUGGGUGUGACACAAAGUGCAGUUCACUUUUGACUUGUCAUCUGAGCAGUCUUGGGUUUUUUAAAGUGGAGUUUGUCAUUCAAAGGUGCAGAGAUGUCCUUACUAUGACACCACUGCAGCAGUUUAACUACUGUUUGCAGGUACCCUAUGAUUUCAAAGAGUGAACACUUUUAUUUCACACUGCACUUAACAGAUCAACACUGGCAUUUCUAAUUUUCGUUUAAUUUAUAAUUAAUAUGUCAGUACUUUUGAAGGCAAACUCUGUCCUCAGUUUUAAUGGCAGUUAAAUGAAAACCUCUCUGGCUGUGUCAGUCAUUGAUGACAAACAUUGAUGACAGAGCUGUGAUUUUAGGUCACACUAGACUGCUUUAGUGUGUGUAAUAUAGGGUCUGGAGAUGAUUGUGAUUUGCAUUCGUAAUAUAUGUUGUGUGGAAAAAAAUACAGUAGAGGACACAAAGGAGAAUAAAAGCGGGUCACGUGGACAAAAAACCUGCAUUCAGAUGAAGAAUCUCUUUACUGACACGAUUCUCACAGCAUUUAGAAACAAAAAGCACAAAAACACAAAGUAGGCACUGUAAGGAGUGGAGAGCUACUUUGUGUUGUAUGUGCUUAUGGUUGCUGUUUGUUUGUGAAUCAUUUUUAGGUCAUACAGCUCCAUAAGAGGAAUUAUUUUCGUUAUGACAAAGAAAAAUAUUUGGAAAAAGAAAUUGGUUCAGUCACAGCUGGAUCAAUAGAAAAUUGUGGGCGUAUUUAAAAGAAAAAAAUAAAGGCUCCGUCUCAUUAAUCAUAAUAAUGUAAAUCCACAAUAUAGGCUAAACUGGAGUUUCUAGUAAUUGGACUAAAAAGGCUUUUGAGACUUAAUGAUAUUUGUAUUUUCUUGAUAUUUUUGGUUGUUUCCUAGUAUUGACUGUGCUGUUUGCUGCAUUGUGCACAUCCAUGGAGUGGGACGAUGUGUUGAAACCAAACAGAUGUACAAGACAACAAAUAAUACUGAAACAUUUGCAUUAUGUUUAAAACAUAAAAAAAAAAAAACACAAUUCAAAGGUUGAAAAAGUGAGUCCAAGUGAGCCCACCAUCCAUUUUAUGUGCACACUGUAAGCCCACCUCCCUCUGAGAAGAGCCAGACAUUAAAUUAUAAAUCUAAUGAGAAUUUCUUACUUGCGGUUAAGCUCUUCUCCAGCAGCUCUGAACCAAAAAGUAAACUAAGCUGAUAGUGAUGGAUUUCUUCCACCUUCACUUCCAACAUCUGUGAUCCAAGUCCAACACCUAACAGCAUCUGAAAUUCCCAUCAGUAAAAUAAUGAUGUGACAGUGUCAAAGGGGCUCCUUGUGGUGUUGGUGUGAUCUUUGUGUUGCUUGUGCUUUCUUGAGGUAGGUGCUUUGGCUCUACAAACUCGGGUUAAAACCAACCAAAAUCUAAACAUGUUCAGAUGUUUUUUUUUGUUUUUUUUUGUACCAUCGUGGAUUUUAGUUAGCAUGAGCAGAACUUGAGUGAAGGACAAAUCAUCAGUCUUGUUGUUUAUGGUCUUCUUUGCUUUUGGAUACCAUGAAGGGGCAUUAAAACAAAUUCCAGUCAAAAAUGUCUCACCCAAGCUUUAAAUAUGUCCUUUAUUUGACAAAGAUCAGGCUGACAUGCUUUGAUUUAUUUUCAGCUUUAUUGUAAAAAAAAUAACAGUAUGGUUGAAUUUAUAUUCUGAAACGAACUGGGAGAUUCGAAACAGGAAAAGCAAAGAAACAAAAGGUGGUGCUCUGUCGAGAGGGGUCACCAACACACAGUAAAGAUUCUCCACAGAAUCUUAAUAGAAAGCUGAGUUUCUGUUGUUUACGUCCCUUUUGAGACAGAAACGGUUCCUGUUGAACUAACACAUACCACAUAUUUUUACUGUAUUUGUUCGAGUAACAGGAUGCAGCAGCUCUGUGAAUUACACUUGAACAUUUGUGAUGAAUGUCCAUCUAUUUUGAGAUGUAUUUGUGGUCAUGCUCCAUAUUUUAUUUUUGGCACAGGUCACAUAUGGAGAUCACUGUCCGCCUUUGUUUUUGUCCUGUGUUUGAUUUGGUUUAAUAUAGUCGUUUUUUAAUCAAUAAUGUCCUCCCUCGGCUGUUUUGUACCUCGCCCUUUCAUUUGUGAGGCUGUAAUGAGAAAACUGACCCUUUAACCCCAACAUGAAGUGUUAACCUGAUUAAAGGUUGUGUAUUCAAAAAAAAAAUCACGUAUCCUAGUGACACACUGCCCUACUUCUCAUUUUCACUGUCAUAUGCAGGACAUGCUGCUGAGUGGGUCAAAUACAACAGCUGAGGGUGUAUGACUGACCAGCAGCACACAGAAAAUGUGUGUUGAGUUGCAGCUGUGACCCUUGAACCCCACUGAUGUCAUGGAGUUUCUGAAAUGUUGGGUGACGUCUGAAAUUUUGCAGACUGGAGAAAGCAAUUUAGGAUUAGUGGGUGCAGUAAAAGACAAGAGUCAGGGUGAAGGGUGAACUGGAUGGUUGGAGACGGACAGACUGAUUCGGGGAUGAUGCUGAGGAGUAAUUCAAAGUGCUUCUUUACAGCCAAUAAAGAGUCAUCUGUCUCAGUCCAAAACUCAAGUCAAAAUGGUGUGUAGUGGAUUUAAAAUAAUCCGUUAGGGCGGCUUAACUUUCCCUCUAGCGCUCCCUUGUGGCUGCACUUUCUAGCCCAUCUCUUUGAUUCUUGAACAGAUCAUGUAUUAUUGUGUUUUGUUUAUUCCAUGAGCUUUUAAUCCUUUAUUUGAUCCUCUUUUUGUCGUCUCUUCUGCAACAUUCGACAUAUUUCAUUAAGCAUUAGCCAUCUGCUGUCUGCUGUCACUUCCUGAUUUACAUAGAAAAGCAUUUGAAGCUCAUCAAAUCUAAUCCAAUAAUCAUAAUGUCACACUUGAAAUGCAGACUGAGAAGACUUCCAGUAAACAUUCACUACGAGCUGCAUCAUUGUAGAUUUGCUUUGAGGGGUUUGAGCAAUAAAAUGAUAAUAUACUGAAACUGCAUUCAGACACUGCACUUUGGAGGACAUUUAUUGCUGACCUAUAAUCGUUAAGUUGUCUGUUAAAGCCAUCAUCUGUUUCCGCCGCCUCUUACAAACUCAUCACCUGUACUGAGAAUCCAGCAGGAAAUCGUGGGCUGAACUUUUCCUUUCUCAUAAACCCAGACACUUUCUCCAGACCAGUCCAUUUGGGAACUUAUUGGAUGGAGUGCAGCACUAACUCAAUUCCUGCCUCCUCUUCACCGCUGUUUAAUGAGAAACCAAUGAUUGAAAAAGAACAAACAUCAUCAGGCUUUGAUCAGCGGGUAUCUGAUGAAGUGUUAUAUUUAAUACAAACCUUGGCUCUCUAACGGCUGGCAGGCCUUGAUUUUCAAUUUCAUGCUUCUGCUGAAACACCUGUGAAACCAGACAGCAGAUCAACAUGUUUGCUUUGGUUGACAGACACAAACUGUUCACACAAGCGUGCUCUUAUUUUUCGUAUUGCUUGUCCUAGUUUGCUGCCCCAGAGCAUAUCAGACGUUUGCAUGGAAUGUCUCAUUUUCUUGUCAAUUUCUCGCUCAAGCCAUCGAGCAAUCUUGCCAUCAUGCUGUGACAGCAGAAGACAGGAAUAAUUUCGUAAACUUGGCAUGCCUUUUUGAGUUCACAAAUAGAAGGUCUGGAUUGCACUACAAAUUGCAGUUUCUAAGCCUCUCAAACCAGCACUCUCCUACAUCUGCAUGUUUCUGGUCCUUUUGCUAAAAGAAAACCCUCCAUAAUGAAGUCCGGAGUCACAGAUGGGUAGACAAAAUCCUCUUUAUGACAAAAUGAAAUCAAAUAUUAAUGAAAAUGUUCAUAUAAAAUUGAAGCAGGCUGGAAACAAGGAGUGUGCCUUAAAAAGUUAUGUCUUGUUAGGCAAGGAUAUAGUCUCGGCUAAAAGAGGGGGAAAAACACACUUGAUUGACAGCAAUACUAAUAAUAAAUACUAACAUACAAAUAUGCAUCAAUAUGCAUCAUUUGCAGUAUAUUUCUUUAAAAGAGCAUUAAAUUAAAUACUUCAGAACCAGAAAUGUUUUCUUCUGUUUUCCAUUGUUGGGGAUUUCCUUUGAUAUUCCCUUAGCAAAAUUUCUGGCUCAGCUUCAGGGUUUAAAAAUAUGGUCAUAAUUUCAUAAUUUGACAUUUUAAAUAGAGAAACACCAAAUAAGUCACGGAUGAUGACUAUGUACCAUGGUAACAGUGGAGGAGGCUUCCAGAAAGCUGGCCUAUUGCACGAAAGUGGGCUUGUUUGGAGGAAGGGAGAGAAACCCUAAAGAGAAUUCAAGUAAAUUUUUGAUAGCACAUGACUCUGAUCAAAGCUCCUGUAAGGAACCUUGGUUUUGUUGACUUUGGCGCCCCCUGUGGACAAAGAAGUAUCUCGUAUGCUUAUCUUGUGCUGUACAUACUUAAGUAGUAUUUUCUGAUAACUGUGAACUUGUUGUGAUAUCUACAAUUAGGUUGGUUUUCCCGCAUGCUGUGAAUCAUGGCUCUUGUUGCAUUUGUUGUAUUUGAAAAGGCACCACUGUCAAUUUCAAUGUUUUUUUUUAUGACCAGUCAAAAACUCCCCACAGGAGCUUUAAAUAAAGACGUUUCACAGCCUGUCUCUGUACUUUGGGGUAGUGUUUACCUAGAGCCAGAGAGUGUUUAUAACCUAUAGUUUUAUAAUUAAAUAAAAAUUGUGCCACCAUGGCAACAUAGUGCAUGUUUAUAUUCAUCCAUAGACCCAAGUUAGAUAUUUACUGAGUCACAUUUUUCCUGUGGGUAGUGUUUUCUCCAACAGUGGGGAAUAAUUUAUAGAAAACUGCCAAAACAAAAAAGUUUAGUCCAACAAAUCAUAAUAAGCUACUCCUUACUAACUUCACAGUCUGGCUGAUUAGAUUGUUAUUUUCCUCUGAGCAGUAAAUUAUUCAAAGAUAAAUUCAGCAGACAAAAAAAUCAGAGACGUUUGUUUGACAAGGUGUGAGCUUCAUUCUACUGCAUCUAUAAACUCAGAUUAGAGAGAUAUCUUAUUUAACUGUUAUAGUCAUCACUGUUGUUAAAUGACAGACUCUAAAUUACAUAAGGAAGCUUUAUUUUUAAACAUUUGUGAAUGACUUUUCUCUGUUUUCCUCUUGUCACUCCACCAGGAACAGUUUGUCUUCGUGAUCGCCUCACUCUCCGUUUCUGUCAGACUCUCCGCUGGCUCGGCCGGUGCAGUCUGCCUAACGUUCGGGCACAGUGCUGCAAAUCCUGCAGCCAGCGUUCCCGCUCUGUCUCUGCAUCUCGCCGCUGAGGUCAGCAUGAAGUCAACACUCAUGGAUCUCAUUUCUGGGAGCAUUAAAUACACCACUGACUGAUGUAAUAUAAGUUAUUUCAAAUGGUUUCAUCACCACUAUAGACUCUCUCCAUUACUCUGCAUGUCGGUGCAGAUGAAAUUAUGAUACAAUGAUGAAUCUGUUGUAUAUGUAUGAAAAAUAACCUUUUUCUUUGCAAAACCAUGAGGAUGUAAAUAUUUUUGAACAUUUUUUAUAACACAGUCUUAACAGGAGGACGUUUUAUGUAUCAAGAUUUUCUUUUAAGCGUAAUUGGUGCUAUAAAAGGGUUAAUUUCAAUAUAAAGCUUUUCUACAGGUGGAGAUAAACCACUAAUUAACUUUAAGUGUUGGUACAAUGCUUCAUUUUUAUGACAGCAGCACAAACAGGACAUAUAAGCAGACAAGGACACAAGUAACAUUGAGGUUUGUAGAUAAUGUGGGACAAGUGUAGUGAAGCAAAAAACAAAACAAAACAAAAAAAAAAACAGAAAUUCAUGUGACGCAAGUAAUUGACGGUUUCCUGUCUGGCUGCGUCUCCUUUGGCUUUCAAGUUUAUCGAUUCAAUGAAGGCACAUAAUGGUGUUUACAUUGUGGUUUGGAGAUAGAAACUGUACCCACUGAACCUGAAUGAAAAAAGCAAGCUUUAACAAUGUCUUUUUUAGCUAUGGCGAACAGCUGGUUAGCUGCGACUCACUGUGCUUGAAGGUAGAGAUAAUUAUCCUGCUCAUCUCCCAUCUAUUGACUAAAGACUAACAUGAUUGAUUUAGGACAAUUGAUUCAAAUAAAAUUUUUCUAUGUGGCUAAAAUGAACAUAUUCCCCUCCCAGUUAAAGUUCCCUUGUAGGGAUCUGCAUUGUAGAAAUACACUGCUGCUGUUGCCUGGAUUGCAGGACAGGAUCAGCUUCACUUUCUCCUGUCAGAGAUGUUUGGGUCUAGCAGCUCCUCAAGUUCUUUUAACUCUGUGCCCUCUAAAUCUCUAAUUACCUUCUCUUAAGACCAACCUGAGACAAAACAUUAGUUAAACUUUAGUUAAGCCAACGAUAAGGAAGUAAAUGCGCAGGACCUGCUGAUGGACUUGAUUACCUCCGCCAAGGAGGUUAUGUUUUCGGUAGCGUUGGUUUGUUUGUCUGUUAGCAACUUUACGGAGAAAGUAACCGACGGAUUGACCUGAAAUUUUCACCAGAGGUGUGUAUCAGCCCCAGGAGGAUCCCAUUAAAUUUUGGUGGUGAUCCGGAAAAAAUUCUGCAUACUGUGAUCCAGAACACACAAAAAUAAGGGUGUCAUUGGAAUUUUCAAUGCUGGAAGAUAAACACUGGGCAGCACAGUGGUGUAGAUAGGCGGCACAGUGGUGUAGUGGUUAGCACUGUCGCCUCACAACCAGAAGGUCCUGGGUUCAGGGCAUUUCUUGUUUAAGGGGGGACAUGAGCUGCUUGGCGGAGGGCUGCGCUCAGGUUGUUCCUGGAGUUGCUCUUCUGUUUAGCAUUAAUUACCGUUAUCGGGUAUCAAGUAUUUGACACAGCUGGGUAAUUAGCAAGGAACACAGGCGGUCUAGUGAAAACUCCAUCUCAGACAAGCUUUUUAAUACUUCCAGCUUUGGCUUGUACAACUAAAGGGAGUCAAAAAAGUACAUGUUGUGCUAAAAGACUGAAGCUAAAGCUAGCUAUUUUCAAGCAUAAAUUCGCUUCCUAAUCCUCACCAGUUAUGACCUGUUUGAUUCAUGUACUGAAGUCAAACCUGGCUCACAGUGUUGUUUGCUAACUUUACACAUAGCUUAUAAGUGAGGAUGUGUUACUGUACAUCCUAACAGUUGGCCAGAUAUGCUAACACUACAAUGAAGACCUUUGUUUUUUGAAAGGAUAUAAAUACCCAAGCCAACACACAGACAGGAAAGAGCUGACCAGUGUUGGAUGCUGAGCUACGACUCGAAGAUCUUUGGCAGAGUUAAGCUGAAAGUCCACUUUACGCAAAACCUUUGUUUUCUUUUUUAAUAGUUGUAUCACUCAUGUUUGUGUCAUUUCACACUUCAGCUUUUUCACUUAUUUUUAAACAAUCACAAAGUAAAAUGUUUAGGAGCUGUGGGGAAACAUUUGGUGCUAACACUUCAGGUCAGUUAUUGGCAGGCCCAGUUCCUGAUCUACUUGAAUAUCAGGUAAUUUGAUGUCUUUGUGUUGUUAACCACAUGACUGAGUUCAUUCAAGUUUUGUUGUUAAAGUCUUAAAAAUGGAGGGAAAUAUUUGAAAACAUGAGAAGUAGACACAUGAGCGUUAGCAUGGUGCAUUAAGGCUUUAGGUAGAUGCUUUGUAUACUUAAUACGUCAGAGUAUUGUUGUAUUUUUUUUACUGAAUUGUCACUUAAACGUCACCAUCAUCUUUUCUGCUUAUUCCUGCAUUGAAAAUCACAUUGAACCACUGUUUGCACUGACAUGAAUGUGAGCAAUUCACAGUCUUUCAGAGCCUCAAAGCACAUCAAUUCUUUUAGUAAAAAACAGAAAAAAAUCAAUAUUGUGCUUUUGUGCUACAUCUAUUGAGGCUCGUAAUAAGGCAUGCGGUAAAGCUGAUGCAUUUUUCCAUGAAUAGAUGUGGAGAAACAGUGUUGGAGUGUCUCUGUACCCGUGUUAUUUUAUAGAUUUUUGUGUAUUUUGCAGGUAAUCUCAUAACAAGUAUUGUAAUAAUUGUUUUGUACAAACUACAUGCUAUUCUAAAGCAACUGAAGAUGUAAGAGGAGAAAGAUGUGACAUUAAAUCACAAGGUUUUAUUUGAAGUAAAGAUUUGGUGCCAUUGCCAUUUCCCUUUUUUUAAAGACAAAUCGUCUUUUCUAAACAUUGAUGUGUGAUGGUGAAUUGUUCUGUACUGAUUCCAGAUAGUUGAUGGGAACAAGCCUUUUAAUUAACAUUCAUGUCGCUCGUUCAAGGUAAUAUCUCAAAAUGACAUCCUCCGAAAUUGUCCUCAGGGUUUAAUUGACUAUACAAUAAGCCCUGUCUGCCCCUUGAUUUCACUUCAAUCAUCGAGCAGCACACAGGGAGUUUGCUGUGAAAGUGGUGAUUUGCAAAUCACAAUUAAAAUCAAAACUAAUUUCUCCCAACAAUAGGUCAUUUAAUUAAAGGGAUAAGUAGACGAACGCAUAAUUAUGAUUUUUAAUUUAGUGUUUUUUCAUUUACGGAUGAUAAAUGUAACCAACAAAUUUGUAAAGAGUCAAACUUUUCUUAUGCCUUACUUUUUUAUAUUUCACUAUUGACCUGCAAAGUGGAGCAUUUUCAGGCCACAUGUUUGCCAUAUCUCUGAACUCAGCACUCUGUACUCUACUUCAGGAUCAAAACAGACGGCUUUGACUACAGUGUGAAAAGUCAAAAACAUUUUUUUUGUUAUUCAGCUGCAGGGUUAACCUAAUAUGUGAUUUAAGGGUACUACAGAUGCCUCCUGUCAGCCUAGAAAGUUUGAAAUCCAGAGAGAUCCAGAAAAAAUAUACUUGCUCUUAUGUCACAAGUUAAUUGUUUCACUAUCUCCAAACUGUUAGGCUUACUUUCUGCUAAUUGUUGGUUGAUUUAUCUCUUCUCUUGAGAAACUGAAAAGCCAAUUUCUUUUAAAAAGUUAUUGCAAGUCAAGUAACAAACUUUUGAUUUGUUUUCUUUGAUAAAGUUUCCUUUUAAUUAGCUGCUGGGCUGGUCUUCUCUUAGGACUAAUGUGGCGGCACAACCGCAAAGAUGUAUUAUUCAGGAAGGAGGAGAAAAGCACAGUUUGCUUUGGUUUUUAUUUUAAAUCAAGUUUGGGGGAAAUAUUUGAAUAUUUUUGACAAAAAGGCGUAAGUAACAUUUCAUUAACACAACUGAAGCUGCUGGAUAACAAAUAUCCAGCAGCCGAACAGAUUGUUCCCUUACUCAUGAAAAGAUUCAGUUUAAUGAGUAAGGGAACAAUCUGUUGGGGUUUCUUACCCCAGGAGAGGUGGACAAAACCACAAAACUUUCACACGGAAGCAUUCUGGAAGGAGCCAACAUGUCUUCAGUCCUUCAUGAGGGAGCUUGACUGUGUUUAAUAGCCAUUUUACUUGUAUUAACCUUUCACUUUUAAUUUAUACACCUCUUCCCUCUGAGAAUAAUUGGAUGUUAGAGCGCAGGGAUCAGGCUAACUGCACCUAGAAUCAGUUUUUAUUUUUACAUUUGUUGAACUCAUUGUUUUUGUCAUUUUUAUGUUGAUAGAGCUGUAUUUGUGUUUUAAAUAAUGUUUUUUUUCCAAGCACAAAGUUACAACAAUGCAAUACAGUUCCUUUAAUGAACAUGAGGAAACGUUGAAGUGAAAUCUAAAAGUAGUUGCAGCUGUCUUAACAAGAAUAACUAUAACCUUUGAACUAAAUCCUGUAUUUUGAAUGCGCUGUUAAUAGGCCUUACAACAACUGUAUGUUCAGAAAGUGUCGC